CUCUCUCACUCUCUUCGCCCCCGCCUGCUCUCUCCAUCUCUUUCCCUUUUCCUCUCCGGUGUCUGUGAAGACGCAUGCGGUGGUGGAUUAGAGUCUCGACCGGCGUGUCCUGGAACUGAACCAGCCAUCCCGGAGGAGGCGGUCGGUGUGUCCCCUCCCUCCCCUCUGAAGCUUCCUCUCAGAGCAGACGGCUGGCUGUCCCCACUCUCACGCCGCCGGCAAGGGAGCUGCGUGCCAGGUAUCAUGACGCACCAAAAAUUGGGCACUUGCCUUGACUUUUUCCUCAGUGAGACCGCCGUGUGACUGUUCCUACGCUGUUUUAGUCGAGUUUUUUGACCGGCUGCCCCCCUAGGACAGAGCAGGCGUGUGUGACUUUUGCGGUUUGCCAUCUCCGUCCCGCAUUUAUGUUGUUGUCAGUGUUUGAUGAUGUCAUUAUUUCGUUCAGAUGGACCCGCAUCUCGAAGUGAGAGGAGUCCCUCUGCCAAUGCGUGUCCCCUGCCUCUCCAACUUGGACUGCUGCUGCUUUCUUUCAUGGCGAGAAACAUCCAGGCUUCUUUCCAGCUCAAUGAGGCUCUUCCUCUGUUGACUAACAAGCCCUGGUUACAAGAUUUUACUGCCCAUAAAUAAUAGUACCGAACUAUUACAAAAUCAACUUUUUUUGUUUUCUGCGAAUGAAGAUUUGUUUGCAUUGCUGUCUACGUGGAAGUAGCCUAGGUGCACUGAGAUUGACUGGAGUGGGCUGAACACUUUGGUGUAAUUUCACCUGGAGUUGGAAAAAAAACUGACUUGUAGUCCAAAAGAGAGGCGAGCAUGAUGAUCGGCGUCCUCACCUUCUGUCGGGGCUGACGCACACGACGAGCGAAAAAAGGACUGUGAACCAUGUGGAGGCGAUCCUGAGACACUUCUCCCACGCGGGUGUAUGGAGCAGAGCAGCCCCAGGAUGACGACUGGAACCCGGGAGACACCACUGAACUCCUCCCCGGCGGUGGCCGCCAACGCGGAGGGAGAGGAAAUCGAGGUUUUGGAGAGCACUGACGUCCUACCCAUGGCGCCAGAGGACGUAAGUCUUAACGUACACUUAGGGCUGGGAAAAAGUUUAUCACGAUAUCGAUAUAUAUCACGAUAUAAAAAUGAAAUUUAACAGUGCUUAUUGAUAGCAUGUCUUUAACAAUAGACGGGUUUCUGUGCAGCGUCGUCGCAGGUUAGGGCGCGCAGCAAGAAAGCAGGACAUUUCCGAUUACUAGCGUAGUCAACAGAGAAAGAAAAUGACUUGUGCUGUAAACUGCACGAAUCAGCAAAACAAACAAUCGGCAAACAUUACAACCCUGCUCCUGAUAUUAGAAACAUCUAAAGCAACGUCACAACCUGGUAAAUUGAGUAAAAUUCAUGGACAUUUCAGCAAGUGUUUUUCUAAUUUUGAUGCAAUGAAAGACAAAGCGAUUUUUAUUGCAAUUGUGUCGGGGAGAACUUGCUAACAAUACGGCUUCUUCAUCGAUAUCAGUUCACUUUGAAGCUGGCUUUUGCCCCCUGGUUGUGCACGCACGGUUGUUUGUACACAAGAAACCCAUUUGUACAAUAAGCUACUGUCGUAAGGCGUUGCACUAGAAAAGCAGUCUGAAUGGUUGGCCAUUUUGGCUGCACAAGCGCCAUGGGCUCCUUGCUCCGCUCAGGGUUUGCAACCUUUUGCAUUGUGCGUGCUCUGCCGUGUGGCACUGCAUCAGGUGGUGAAAAAGAUUUGAGAUAUUCCCCGACUUUGCAAGAACCUGUACUUGACAUAAUUUGCAGUGCACAUUACUCUGCUUCAUGUCCGACCUCAAAAAACUAAAAUACCUCCACACCACCGACGUUUUCUUGACAGUGUUGUCGACAAUGUCAUCAUCUGUUGAGCCUUCAUCUGUAUUUCUGCCGGGGGUAGCACUCAUUUUCUAUUUUUCAUACUGACAGUGCUGUCAGCUUUACAUGUUGAAGUGCUAUGGUUGCGUGUAGCUGCAGUUGUUUGCUGCUUGGUUCUAAUUCAGCACAUGAUUGGUUCAGCGCGAAGCAGACCCGGAGCAACUCCCCUUUUCAUUAGCUAUUCGUAUAGUCUACCAAAACAUGGCAGAAUGCCGACUAUUGAAAAGGAUAUUGACCAUGUUUCAUAUCGUUAUUGAGGGAAAUUAAUUUUCUAUAUAUCUUCCUUUUAUCGCCCAGCCCUACAUACACUCGUAUGUGCCUCAAAAGACCCUCAAAUGUGACUUCCAUCUUUAAUUUUUUUGUACAAUUACACACCUGCACUUGCUCUUUCCAUUGCACUGAAAUUUAAGUCUUGUACUGAAUGCCAUAGCCUAAAGUUACUUUCAAAUGGUUAGAUAUAAAAGUCAUGAAAUACCUCAUUAACUUUAGUUUUUCAGGCUAGGGAGGGUAAAAAGACACAACACAUCCUUUCCAGGAGAAGGGUAAGCUUUGGCUAAGCUUCACAUACAUAAACACUAUUCUUGCUCCAUCAGGUGUCCUAGCCUACAAUAAAGUGACCUCUCACACACAAUGAUCCACGCUCUGGAACCUUGUUAUCUUCUCCUGCGGCUCAUUAGACACAGUUACAAGAUAAUAGCAGUGUGUGAUUGCAAGACUACAAUUAUGGCAAAUGCACAUAGAGAGGAGGAGAGUCCAUUUUACCAAGAUUCAUCAUUUCUAAACAGAUGCUCCUCUCUGCAGGCACCUGUUUCUGUUCAUCUCUUGCUCUCACGCCACUUCUGCUCUUUUUUCUCUCUUUUUUCAUUUUCUCAGCAAUGGAAGUCUCUGUUUGACAAGGUAUGUAGUACCAGCGAGAGUGGCUUGAAUAUCUCACCAUCCGCAUGUUUCACUCAUGUGGAGCAGUGUUGUCUGUCAAGGUGCUCAUAUGUGUGUGUGUGUGACAUAAUCUUUGUCAUGAGCCAGAGCAGCUGAUUCACCGAGCUGUCCUGCUGGAAGAUCAUGAAACAUGGGAGACAUUUUUUUGGAAAUAUGAAAUCCAUUUAUGCCAUUCGAGCAGUAACUGUAAAACAAGAAAGAAUUAAUUUUUGUACAUUAAAGAAAAGCCUCAUCAUACUCACUGAAAGUUGUUGAUAGACGUUUUCCAUGUUUCAUGACCCUCACAUUUUAACACAGGCACUAUCACUACUGAAAUUGACUUGAAGCUGCAUUAAAAAGCUUUGCAUGCUGGGAAAAAAAGUUAAAAAAGUCCCAAAAAUCAUUUUCCAUGUUUAUUUUACUUGUCAGCGCUCAUUCAUUAGUGAUCGUUCCUGUUUAAAGAAUCUGAAAAGAUCUCCUGCUUGUGACUACAUCUUUUUUUGUCGUACUAUUUCACUUUUGUUCGGUCUUUGUGCAACUAUGACUGGUUUUAAACAAAUGUGGCUGCAGAGUUUCACUUUGCUGAAAAAGGUGAAACGGCCAGUCCUCAGCUGGAGAUGGCAAAGUCUUCUCAUCUUCAGCCUUAGUUUGUGAUUUAGGCUGAGUAAACAAAUGUAUUUUUAGAUCAAAAUCUUGCCGAGUGCAGCUUUAAAUCCUUUGCCCGCUGGGUACCAAACAGAACAGAAUAUGCAGCCAGGACCUCCUGCAGAGACAAGAGCAUCAGGGGUGGCAGGCUGUGUGUGUGUGUGUAUGUGUGUGUGUGUGCGUCAGCGACUAUAUUGACCUUGAUCAUACAUUUAACAUGAUACAUAAUCCUAGAUGUCAUUGAUGUAUUUGGUCAAGCAGAUGUUGUACCACUCACACGCAAGGAAACACACAUACAUACACUUGCAGAUGAACACAUUGUUGCGGCCAAAAAAAACCCAGGAGAAGAGAGAAACAGUCUGGCUCAUCAUGCAGGCAGUGUGUUCGACUGACAGACGGCGAACGAACGGGCCUCUUACCAUCACACACCCAACACACAUGCAUAUACAUCCACACUAAUACAUACAGAAGAAACUGAGGGACUGCCGCUGCACCUGCCCACCCUAGGGGCCCCUAUACUUUUGCUGAGGGAUUGUUUGUUUUGUGCGUGUGAGUGUGUGUAUGUGUGUGCGCAUAAGGGGUGACUGAGGAUGGCGGGGUUGUGUCAGAGGCUCGUGUCAGGCUCACUCAUUCAGAAGGAAGCUGAGGUCCCAUGGGAUGAUUGGAAAUGCUAGCUUGUGUGUGUGUGAUUGAGCAUAUUCUUUGGACGGGCAUUAAGUAGGCCCCCUCAAUCCUGCUGUCUCCAUGCGUGCGGCUCAGCUUUGAAUUUCCUCAAGUGGAUGUCAGUCUUAAAACGUUGCUUUUUUUUUUCCUCAAAAGGCGGGGUUGCUGCCCAGUCUGGCAGCUACAAAUGCCCUUUCACUCUUUUAUUCUCUUUUUCCUUCUUCCUCCUCACAAUGAGUUGCUCCAUUUGUCAAGGGAGUGACCUCUGAGACCCCUAGCUUUUGUGAUGUGUCUAAGAAAGAGAAAUGAUGGGCCACUAAAGACAAGGAAAAGGGGGGUUUUAAACCUGUCUGGCAACCUGUGUUAUUGCAAGAGAGGUAGAAAAUAAAGUCUGCUCGCGAAACGGAACAAGGUCUGGGCUUUUUCUUUGUCUAUUUCACACAAGUAUGAGUAGGGAAGUGCAUCUGAGUAGGUACAGUGUAUGAAAAAUAAUCUUAGGAGGUUUUCACCAUCUCAGACUUAUAGUUAAAUCUUUUCAUGUGGCACCUGGUCAAGGAAGUUGACCUCUUGCACCACCCUCAACAUGUUUGAGAAGAGACUAGGGCUGAGCGAUAUGGCCUCAAAUCAAUAUCACGGUAUUUUGAGCAGUUCACCUUGACAACGAUAAAUGGACGAUAACUUCUCCACAAGCUGCUAACCGUCCUCCAUCUCCUCACCUGUCUGUCCCUCUUUGUUACGGACUGGAUGGGGUGGAGUCACGUCUCUGAUGUAGGACAGCGUUUUAAAGGGUCAUGAGACCAUAGCCUGCCUACACACAUCCAAAACCAACUUUUAUUGAUUUAUUUUUUUGACACUGAAUAUAUUGAUAUGGGCAAAAUGACGUCGGUUACUGUCGUAAAUUUUGGUAUCAGUAAAUUUUCGGUUUGUCGCCCAGCUCUAGAGAGAUUAUUCAAAAGUAUGUACAUAUCUGAAGUAAAACAAUGUAAAGUAUAUAUGCAUUAAUGCACCUUAUAAUGACAAACUUUUCACUUUCCCUUUGGUUUAUUUCUGCAGCCUUCAGACACAGUCAGUCAACUCUUUGUGCGAAACCAUUUGGCAUGCCAAGGCUCCUGUCUUACCCUGCCACUCAGUUUCCAAAGCACCUGGCCCCCAUGCUUGCCCUGCUGCCCUCCAAAUCAUUUUUUUGGGGUUGAGCCCAACUAGGUCCCAUGGAUGCAAGCUCUGCCACCAGAUGCCAACCAACAAGCAUCCCUGAGGUCUGGCUGGUUGCCCUGAUCUCCCUAUGUUGGAUAAUUCCACUCUGAAAUCUCAGAUUCAAUAAGGUUUUUGAUGUUGCGACUAGUCCGGUCCCUCUACUCUGUGCUAACUUCUUUUAUUCCAAAUACUCACCAUGUAAAUACCUUCUCCAAAGCUGUGACUUGUCCUCCAAGCCAGAGAAAGAUGUUAAAGGUGAAACAAUUAUACAUGUCUAGUAGGGGUGUCACAAUACAACUUUUUGACUUCCAAUACGAUACCGGUAUUGUAGCCUGCAGUGUUGUCCGAUACCGAUAAUGCUCCGUUAUUAGCACAAACUUUUGCGCGAUAGGUUUUGCACUCGGUUGCAAUGUCUUUUGGGACUUUAAUGAAAAAUACUGCCACAGGGCCGACAUCACACCUACUUCUUGGUACUUUGUUAGUACCUUAGUACACACUGUUGUUGUUGUUGAUUACAUGGGCUCUACUUGCUGGAUCCAGGUGCUGCUCGAUAGAGGUGCCAGAGCGGAGUCUGGAAUGGACUGCCUGUAUUGAAGUGCUGAUAUCGGAGAUAUAGAUGCAGGCCGAUAUCAUCCAAUAUUCAAAUUUUUUGGGAUGUAUACCAAUAUCUGAUAUCAAUAUCGUAUUGGGACACCCCUAAUGUCUAGUAUUUGUCCCAGCAGCGGCAUAUACUCAGCAAAGAAAGACAGGGUCAUCAUCUUGUCUUAGGUCGUCCUUCUCUAUGUGACUCUCUCUUUCGUACACAAAACCUUCCCUCUCAUAUCAUUUCAGCUGGCUCCCCCGUGAACUCUGCACAUACAGCUAUCAAUUUCUGGGUCUCAGAGCGAAGGGGGCAGGAAUCAAACUGCUGUGUCGCUCUGUUCGCAUCUCCCUUCACUCCUCUCUCAUGUCCCUGGAGGGAGUUUUGUUGCUGUAUAAGUGCUUUCCUCCUCUUCGUGCAGGAAGAGACCUCAGUAUGCUUCGAUUCAUGUUGUCCGGUGCCUGGAACAACCAUGAGGUCAGAUUUGACAUCUAAUGAAGCAGAAGAGAUGCUUUUAAGAGGAGGACAGCUGCACUGCCUGCUCCCUACCUCAUAAUCAAAGAGUCCCAGCGUCUGUUAGUCCUCACAUACACACACACACAUACACACAGGCAUGCACACACACAUCUAUCUGGACUGACUGAUUACAGAGAAAUGUCUAACGCCCGAAAGAAAAAAGUGUCCUGAUUUGGAGUCUGUAUCCUGUGCAGACUGAUAUGCUCACCAACUUUAGAGGCCCUGAAUGUUGUUUUGAAGGUUUUCUGGGGAUUUGAGGAUAGGCUACAGUUUACGUUGUAGAUUUAUCUGAUAAACCGCAUUAAGCGUUUUUAGAUUGUGCCACAAAUGUACUUGUUUUGAACCUGUGAUAUAUGGCCAGUGCUCGACACUGCGACCGUUCCACUCGCAUUUGCGACUAAAAUAGAUAUAUACGAAUUGUAAAAUGUAUUUAGGGGCACAUAAAAAAAACAGCUGAGGCAACAAAUGUUUUUUCAUGUAAAUACCGUGCCAAAGUUAGUUGUAGGUUGUAUAUCCAAUGGACAUUCACUGCGGUGUCUUUGCAUAAAUCUACUCGCCACCCUCGCUGUCAACGUCGGGUGUUAAAUAAGGGACCAUCAAUAAAUUACCGGUUAAUGUUCUCAGUAAAGGCUGUUUUCCUUCAAUAGCUUCCAUGUCAUGUGAUCAAUUGACCUAAAAUUGUUUUCAAAUAGUAGUACUAAGGUCGGACGAUAAGACACACGUCUUUAUUUCCCUAAUUUAUCCUAAAUUUUUGUGUUAAAUUUAAAGUCAAAUUUUAAACAUUUUCUUCAAUAGCUUCCAUGUCAUGUGACCAAAAGACCUAAAAUUGAUUUGAAAUAAAAGUACUUUUGUUGACCAAUAAGACUCACAAUAUUUGAUCAAUUUUCAUUGUGCCCCUAAAGUUCUUUGUGUGCUCCUUACUUUUUCAACUUAGGAGCACAUGAAAAUUUACUGAUACCUAAAUUUAUGACAAUAACCAACGGCAUUUUGCCCAUGUCAAUAAAUUCGUUGUCACAAAAAUAAAUAAAUUAAAGUUGGUGUUGGAUGUGUGUAGGUAGGCUACACCCCAUCCAGUCUGUAACAAAGAGGGAAAGACAGGUGAGGAGAUGGAGGACGGUUCAAAAGUUGUAGUGCCUGAAGUAGACAAAGUUUAUGUGGGAGGGGGUGAACAGCUUGUGGAGUUGUUAUCGUCCAUUUAUCGUAAUCAAGGUGAACUGCUAAAUAUAUCGUGAUAUUGAUUUGAGGCCAUAUCGCCCAGCCCUACUGUGACAACAUAUCUGGAUUUUAGUUUGGCCUAUAAUAACAAUGUUUACUGGAAUAAUUUUCUUUUCAUCACUUUCUCUUCCAUGUUUAUCUGUAAACUACUAGAAUCUAGGAAACCGUCUGCCUUAAAUUUAGGAUACUUCUCACACUUUGUAAUCCAAGAAAAUUGGGGAUCCCCCCUUAGAUCACAACUACAUGUAAUGCCUGAGAAUGGAAGUCCCCAGGAGCGCAGAUUGAAACCCAGCCGAACUAAAGUAGAUGGCAGACUUGUACAGACAAGAUGUACGAGACAUAGACUGUCUGUGUGUAGUUUUUCUGAAACGACCUUUUAUUUUCCUAAGAUUGCUGGUCACUGCAGAAGUUUCGUCUCAUGAAAACUCCAGUAGACAGAGUGGUCUCUUUAAAUCUGUGUUUAUUCAUGUGUCUGUGUGUUUUGGAGAACUGUGUAUAUGUGCCUACAUUUGCCUUUGUGUUGACAGCCUGCUCCUAACGGCAUGUUGAAAAGCUCCAAGCGCACGCCUGCAGAGGCUUAGAGAUUAAAUACUUUCACAUGGUUGCAUACUUUCCAUGAAAGUGUUUCCCCCCUUUAUUUCUUCUUGCUCGGUGGCUGAGGAAAGCCCCUGAAUGCAAGGUAUGAUCCCCUGCCUCCCGCUGUAACCACACAUAUAGAAGUCUUUCUGAUCUCUUGGGAGUGUUUUAUUGCCAGCGGGACUUAGUCAGUGUACUACUGUAUAGAGUAUUUCCGUUUUAGCCGUGCUGCACAUGUUAUGUAACCAAACUAUCUUAAAAUAUAGAUUUGAUUUAGAAAUUAUUAAAAAAAUAUUUCUCACAUCUGAUUCAUAGUUUGUAUUUUGCAUACGCAAGCAUCACUGGCUAGGAUGCCUGUAUUUUUAUAAAGCUGUGACUGCAAUCCUAAAUUAGAGCUUUCGCAGCUUCUGCUCGCCCUAUUUCGUUACAGAACUUAACUCGCCUCCUGUCGCCUGACACCUGCCAACAAUAAGAGAUCAUUUAAGACCUGAACUGAAAUCAGUAGACACCCUGAAUACACUACUACAAUACCGCAGCUAUAAAUGAAAACUGAUCUUGAUUUAUUCAUCAGUUUUGACAGUUCUGUUUAUAAACCAAAGUUUGAAUUACGUUCACAAUAAUAGUGUUUUCUGCUGUUGGAAAGUCUGGCGACUGUCAGUAAUUAAACCAAGCAUAAAUUAAAUCCUACGGUAGCCACCUGCUCCCAAUGGGGCUUGUGUUUCCCUCAGUCUCUGUGUCGUGUUUCAAUGAGCUUGUUAGUUAGACACUCAGUGACCAUGCCUGGGAGUAAAGGGGGGUCAUUAUUUAAAGUCUCUCUGUCUGGCAGAGCCGCCUCACAUCAUCGCAAGCCACAGCUGGCACCGUCUUUUCUUCCUCCCUGUAUUUUAAGUCCUCUUCAAAUGAAUGGUCCACCACCCAGGUAACUGGCACUUAAUGGAUGGGCCAACAGGGAACCCCUCAGCUGUGUUUACUGGCGCAUGGUAGGGAUAGCAUCAACAUGGUCUGCCACACUCUGUCAGUUUUGCUGCAUUAGAAGCAGCAGGAGGUUUAGACAAUAAGAUCAUAACAGUCUCUGAAAUUACCGAGAUGAUGACACGCAGCUGUUUAGUCUUUUUUGAGUAGGUGACAAUGAGCUCUGAGUGUCUCUGUUCAAAGACUCAGAAGAGAGGAAACCAUUAAAAGGAGACUUGAAGAUAAAUGGCAUAAUUUCAAGAGAAGUGAGAAACUUUUAAUUAGGGAUAAUUUAUAUAAAACACAGUUCUUAUGAUGAUUCUGCCGCUAAAGAGGUUCGUGAGAUUCACGAAUUGUGAAAUGCAAGAUUAAGGCUGGGUGAUAUGGUCUAAAAAAUUAAUCACGAUAAGAUUUUCCAUUCUUGCGAUAACGAUAAAAGUCCCGAUAAAAAAUAUUAUAAUUCCGAUCUAUAUUUUAAACUCAUUUUGUCUUGAGAACACCAGUUGGAGUAGUCAAAUAAGAUACUUAACCACAAGUUUGAGUGGUGGAGAAAACUAAUGACAUCAAACAAGUUUCAAAUGUGAAGACAUUUUCAACAUUUAUUAAAAACUCUUGCAGAUGUAUUGUCCGAUGUCAGGCAUACCUGAUUGCACUCGUGUAAGCCCCAAUCUUGAAGGAAAUCCCUCAUGUGGAGCCUCGUUCAGUAAUGACCUGCUCAGAAACGUUUUCUUCAUUACCUUCAGCCAUGUUUGUUUGUUAUUCUGCUCUAUGUGGGCUAUGGCUGCGAGUCCGUCACUCGCACUUAUGGCAUCAACUUGCAUUUAUCGUUUUUAUCAUGAGAUGGCAAAUAUUUAUCAUGGAGGAUAUAUCGUGAAUGAGAAUUUAUCACCCAUGCCUAUGUAAGAUUGAUAUUACUCUUCAACCAGCUGUUCUAAUAACACUGUAAGUAUUUUGCAUAUUGCAGACUAAUGAAUCAGUCUUUCUUUCAUUACAAUUAAAAACCAGAGUGUAAAAAAUUUCAGCACACGCGUGCAUCUUUAUAUUUGAUCUCCCUAAAGGAAGUGAUAUUCAUGCAUCGUUGGCCUCUGUGGUUUCCUUUUCUUUUAAGUGUGCAGAAACCUCACUCUCCUCUCCUUUAUCCGCACACUGAUGUGCUCAUCAGCCUAAUUGCCAUUGACACAUCCACAGAUGGUGGGGUCACAGUCUGCUGACCUGCUCAUCUAACUACAGCAGUGAUUGACACCAGCUGAGUCAUGGAGAUAGCUCACCCAUGAACCGUUUGUGCAGAUAUUAAACCACUCUGUCUUGAUUCGAGCGGUACCCGCCCCACCAAAAAGUGUCCCAGGUUUUUUUGGUGAUGAAAUGACAGACUGAGCCUCAAACAAUUUUCAUUGAAAGAUAUAAUCGGAGCUCAUCUUUCUCCGCUCCUCUGCCCCCGCCCCCCUGCUCAGCUGUAAAUAGAUUUCCUUAAUGAAAGGCACAGUUCCAGUUGGCAGAGUGUGAAAACAGUUGCCACUUUUAUACAGAGGUAAAAAUAGCUGCCGUGCCUGUCGAUCUGUAAAUGGAAGAAAAGGCGUGCCAGUCGAGCCGUAAUUGGCUGCAAUGUGAAAACUUACAGCAGCAGUGUCAUUAAAUCAGAAAAUGCUCAUUUUAAUGGUCAGACGGACCCAACAACCUCUUCCAUGAGUGCAUACUGUAUGUUUGGCCUAAAAUUGUGAAUCCAUCACUGAAGGUCAGUGGAAGUGACAGUACACAACCUCCUGCUGAGCCAGCGUGUGUGUGUCUGCGUGUGUGUGUGAUGAAGCCUGCUGCCUUUAGGACUAGUGUCGUUGUGAAUAUUGAUGGAAUGCUAACACACAUUAGACCUGAUAUUUUUGCUGCCUAGCUUCUCUUUUGUUUCCUGUCUCUUAUUUUCUGUCUGUGUCUCAUUAUUUUUGUUCUGAAGUCUGAUUUCCCAUCAGAGUAAAUGGAUGAUCGUGCAGAUGUGAGGAUUCAGUCUCUGACUGCUCAUCAAUGCUUUCAUCUUAUUCCUUUCAUUGGCUUUUUCGCCGUCACUACAAACUUUUCAUCUGUUUUAUGUCACUGUCUCUUAAAGUGAAGGGCUUAAGGAAAAUCGUUAAAUCAGAAUUUUAUGAAGAAGCUGAAAUUUUGAGUCGUUAAAUCUACAUCAUUAGCAUGUCUGAAACAGGCAUACUUCUCGUUUUGACCUUCAUGAUUUACACCAAACUUCCUAUUGGUUGUUAAACUGCCUGGAAGCAAUACUGAUGCCUUUAUAUGACCUACAAAAGCAAACAAAAUCGUCAAUGGAAAAACUGAUCUUGUCUUAAUAGUUAUCUGUGAUGUUUGAAAUCUGUCUGACAGGGUAGCCACCAGGAAAGGCCAUUUACAGCACAACUGCUGCUGAUAACAGUGAGAGUUAUUUGUUCAGUGUUAAAGGAAGUACAGUACUCUGGUGUGCUGAAGAAAAGAUCAGCAAAGACGUAUUUGUGAAAUCCUUACAACAGAAAGUUCCUUACAUGAGCCCUAAAGUCAUGAAGUGAUGUCAGCCAAAACCAGUGUCCAAACCAGGGAUGCCCAAUCCAGAUUUUUUCAAGCAAUGGCCAAUAAUAACCAUUAAAGGGAUAAAUAUAUAUAUAUAUAUAUAUAUAAAAACUUCAUCAACAGUACAUAUAGGGUAUCUUUUUAGCUUUGCCUGAUUUCUUUAGCAAAGAGACUAAACACAACUCACCCACUCUCCUCCUGCAGCCGCUUGUUUGUGGGGGACCCUGAUGAGUCGAUCGGUGAGUGCAGCGGAGUUUCGCAGCUCAAGGAAGAACAUUUAUGAUCAUUACUUCAUGGAAAUACAAUCAGAGUUCUUGUGUAUCUUGCAUGAGCACUGCAGACGUGGUUCUUCUGCCUUAGCGUCUUGGUCUGAUUGCAUUUCUAUGAAGUAAUAAUCAUAAAAUUUCCGCUGCACUCACCGAUCGACUCAUCAGGGCUCCCCCCACAAACAAGCGGCUGCUGGAGGAGAGUAGGCGAGUUGUGUUUGGUCUCUGUUAAAGAAUCAGGCAAAGUUAAAAAGAUAUUUGGUGGCUAGUGCUACGGCUGGGACCCUAUAUGUACUGCUGAUGAAGUUAGGUGCUGUUCUGAGCAUUAUUUGUGACUAUAGAGUGGUGUUUUGGUUGAGGUUUGUUUAUUGCUCCUCAAACCGCUAUGUAUUGCUAGCGUGCGGUCAUUACUAAAGUUGGUUUUACUAGAGAAGCAAAUGGUCGGCAACUUUCAUCUCUUGAGGGGGUUUCUAACUCAGUUUUACGGUGUGUUUGAUCCUAACUUAAUUCAAUGCUGGGAUAUCCCUUUCAGAUUUCUGUGUCCCUUUAGUUCAGGUCCAUUUAACCUCCCUGCAGUUUACAGUACAGAGCUGUUGACAGAGUGACGUGUUGUAGUGACCCAACCUCAGGGGGCUCUGUUGAUGUAAAUGUGAGUGUGUGAAUUGUUGUUCAGCUUUCAUGGUGAAACACAGAAUCGAGUUUCAAGUGCCACAGGGAUAAACACACAAGUACAUAUUUUAGCACACAGUCCUGUGCUAUGGGCCAAAUAAGCCCACAGUGACGCCUGGCAGGUGUACAUCUGACUCAAGUACAACAGCCUUGAUGAUGCUGUGAACACCUGUUAACGUGUACUGAUUUCUGCUGUUUUUUUUUAAAAGUGUUCCCAAGUUUAAAACUCAUCUGACUAUCUUUUUGGGUGAAAAGUUUAGUCUUCGCCCAGAGACAGAUGGUGGUGUGGAUGAUUCUGUGCUGGAUUCUCUUGGAUCUGAACUCUUAAAUUGUUUUCUUGCUCAUAGAUCACUGUGUCUUGUUCCGUGCCCAGCUCUGCAUGAAGCACUGUUCAAUCAAACUGCUUUACCAGCUUUUUUUUUUAAUGCUUUUUCCUCCCUUGCUCCCAUGAGAGUGUGAACGGAAGACUGUGGUGUUGACAAGACGAUGUUAGACUUUUAUAAUUCAAAGGCAAAGGUUUUUUUUUGCUGCUCUUUACAUGCCCACGCCACACCUGAAGAUAAAGACUUAAGUUGGCAUUUCUGUUAUUCUCUGGAUUCAACAUUUUUCUUUCUGUUUAGAAGUUUUUUUUUUCUUUUCGUACAAUUUAAUGGAAGAUUACCGUCUUAAAAUAUCAGAACAACCCUGCGUUUUUCCUCUCAUUUUCUCUCGUCUGUGUUGCAUCCUCUGGCUUUCUGGCUUAUGUUAUUAUGACAAUUCUCCAGAAGCCUUGAGUUUCCUUUCGAUUCGCAAAAAGCAGUGUGUCAUCACUUGACAUUUCAAUUCGUUUAUAGCAUAUGGAACAAUUUUCAUCCUGAAAAUGUACCUCUUUAUCGCAGUUGUUCUCUCUCUCUGCAACCCUGUAGGUUUUUUGUCUGGGUGACGAUUGCUGUAAGCACACAUUUCCUUACCCCAGACUUUCUGGAGUGUCCCAUUUAUGAGAUCAGGGUGCCUGAAAAGACUGUAGGAAAAUAUUGUUUGCAUUUAGGGUGGAAACAGCUCAGAAUGAUUCACGUCUUAAAGAAACAUAUUCUUUUUCCUGCCAAGGUUUAAAUGUGUUUAUUUCAGUUUGUUUAUUCAGGGAAAUACAUGUUGCAGUGAUACACACACUGACCUAUUUUUACCUUAUACUUAAACCAGUCAGUAAUCUUUAGAAAAAAAACUGUAGCACAUUGAGAAAAAAAAAAACGGUGAGAAUCAGGGAAAGCAAAGACAUUUUCAAGCAAUAUUACACAACAGGAAAACGGAUUUCAAGAGUGAGUAUGCUCGCCUGUCUGCAAAUUUGAGGAUUAAGUUCAAAGAUAUCAACAUAAUAGUUUAAACUUUGACAUACAGGACUUAUCAGGUUAACAAAAUACGACUGUCUGACAAGUCUGUGUGCUUUAAACAUCAUUUUCAACAAGACCUGCUGAAUUUUAAAACGUACGGCUAUGUCAAACGUCCUCGCUGGUUUGCUAUCGUCAUGGCAACAUAACUUGGCCUGGCCCAGCAGGUUCAGUAGAUGCCCAAGGUGAGGGACAGUGCUUAGCUUUCACGUAGAUCUCCGGUCCCGUCCUGUCCCCUCCGUGUCGUCUUACAGGGCACGGCUGCCAAAGCCUGCCAGCGGGGCAAAAAGUGCUGCGGAGGAAAACUGUGACAAGGAAAAACCACAUGACAGGACAAAAAAAGACCCACAGAAACUACCACCAUGUCUGACCCUGUUAAUGCUGUUGGUUUUAAAGCAGAGCUAAAGCGCUCAGAUGCCACACGAUGGAAAAUUUCAGUGGGUGAAAUGUUUAAAAUAUGAAUCACUGAUGAAGGUUAAUGCCAAAGUGGGUAGUUAGAAUCAAAGCCGUUUGUUCUACUGAUAAUAAAACAUAAAUUCAUAAACAGAAAUAUAUGAUGAGGGUUUAUUAUUCAGGGAUCUCUGACUGUGGCCUGACCCCAGGCAUCAGGCAUGACUUGAAUUCUGUCUUGAAAUGAGAUUCAACACUAUAGGCUUAUUUUCCACAGUACAGACUUUGUUUUAGUCGGGUGAGAAGAUAAAAAUUCACUAUGCAGUAAAUUUUCUUUGGCCUUUGGACUGUAUCUCAAAUAUCCUGUGACACUUGUUCAUUUCAUGGUUGAGCAGAAAUCUUGGAAAUGAAUACUGAUGGAGAGAAAUCUCACCUUGGAAGUAAAGAGGCUCGGAACCAACUUUUUUCACCCCAAUUACAAGGAGAUGGAAGAAGACAUCGAUACAGCAUAGUAUUACAAUAUUUUGUCUGGUGAUAUAUCGUAUCGUCUCAUUUACCAAGUAUCGAUUUUUCAAAUUAAUUGCUAAUAUGAAGUCGAGUCUAUGAUAAUGGAAAAAUAAAAUCAACUGUUUGUCCAGUGAGGUUGGCAGAGGUGACUUCCUAGAGCAGGAGAAAGUUAGUACAUCAAAUAUAUAUUAGGUUUGCAAGAUGUGCUACAUGAAAAAAAAGUACAGCGUAAAUAACUGUCUCUGCACACCAAGGGCUUGUAAACUCAUUUGCACGAAUUAAUUACAUGUUAAGUCAAUGCAAAGACACAGUUAGACGCUCGUACUACUUUGGCGGCGCAAAUUGGGUAGAAGCUGAAAAUGUCUCAACUUGUGACAUGAUAACUAAUCAGCACGAAGGUUGCCGUAAGGGUAACAAAUGAAAAUGGACGGUUGUUUACUGGUAUCUAAAACGGAGGACAAACUGAUCGUGUCUGUGUGGGUUCCCUGAGUUCGUUGAUACCUUUUCUUUCAAUUUCUGAAACCGGAAUACAAACAAGCUCGCCUGGAAGCAAGUGAGUGGGGUGGUCGGAUUACCUGGUAACUUGUAAAAAACCUUUGUCUAUCACUUGAUCCCGCCGGUUGGAAGGGAUUACCACCCCAUUAGACAAACAUAAAGGAAAGCCAAUUGCUAAAUUAGCUAAACAGUUGAAAAAAUUAUAUAAAUCAUGAUAUAUUGUAUCGUAAUACUCACUGUAUUACAAAGUGUUAAAAAUCGCAAUAAUAUCAUAACGUGGCCCAAGUAUCGUGAUAAUAUCGUAUGGUGGGGCCACUGGUGAUUCCCACUCCUACCAAUUACCACUCUGAUAUCCCAAAUUUGUUUUCAUUCAUGAGAAAAACAAAGCUAAGUACAGCAGCUGUGCUUGAAACUUAACAGGCUUUUUUACAGUGCAAUCAGAAAGUUACAAGCGAAUUAGUAAAGACACUGUUAGAAAAAGAGUGGGUCUCAAUGUGGUCUGCACUCAUCAGAUUAAGUCAGUGUCACAGGGGUUUAAAUCUUGAGUUUCAUCACAAUACAAUCAGGGGUAUCCUGAUACAAUAUUGUUAUUGGAUAUUGGUCUGAUAUCAGCAAAAAAAAACUGAAUAUCGUAUUUUAUCGGCCUGAAUCUAAAAUCUGUAAUAUCAGCACACCGAUACAAGCAGACCAUUCCAGACUCCGCUCCGGCACCUCUAGCUAGCAGCGCCCAGAUCCUGCAUGCAGAGUCUACAAAAUCACAACAACAGUGUGUACUAAAGUACUAACAAAGUAGCAAGGAGUAUCUGGAGUCAAAAAGUUGUAUUGGGACACCCCUAAAUACAAUAUUAUGCCAACACCAAAAAGUCUUCCUCAGUAAGCUUUGAUUCAAAUCAGGGCUCUUCGAUCAGCUGCGGGCAUUAUUAUGUACCUAUUUUAUACAUUAGUCCUGCAAGUCCACCAUAAAGCUUUUUCAGACAGAGGUUUUAUGUUUUUAUGACCUCUGUGUUUGUGUUACAUCCAAAUGAGAUUUAAGUGAUUGAAUACCAGCGUAUCCUUGAUGCAGUCAAGUGCUAUGACACUUAAAUGAACAGAUGUCAGCUCUGGUUCAGGUUAUUCAAACUGCAUGUAAGUGGAAAUUGUGAAAACAGGACCAAAGUCUUUUGACAGUCCUGUUGACAACAUUAUCACCCUUAUUAGAAAUCUCUUCAGCGUUUCAGAAGUAGACCACCAGAGUAAUUGUUAUCUUUGUAGCUGGGUUUACAGACAGGGUGCCUGUCAGGGUCUGUCACUGAGGGUGUCAUUAUGAUGAGAAUUAUUUCCUUCAGGGGGAAACAGCUGCUCAGCUCCUGAUAGCUUUUCGGCCCAUCACGGGUGGCGUAAACAUACAUUUUCAUUUGUCACUUUCAUGCAAGAGCUUCCCCAAAGUAACUGAGCCUUUUUAAUGGCGUUUAUGGAGCUGUGUUAAUGCAGGUGCACUUGAUAUGCUUGUUUAUUUGACAGUGUGAUAUUUAGUACAAGUGGUGUGUAUAUUUCUGUGUGUGUGCUCUAAUGAAACAGCACCAUGAUAGUUUUGGUAUUUUCUGUCUAAAUGUCAUUGGAGUCACUUCAUUAUUUCCACCGUCACCACAGCGCUCAUUAUUGUGAGUCUCUCUAUUGUUGCAAAGAAAUUGACUUUGAGUAUUUGGUCCCUAUCAAUUAAAAGAGGGGGGAAAGACGGAAAAAGCCAAAAAGCCUUCUCUGUUUUCAAAGUGUGUUAUUGUAUUUCUAUGUUUCGGAUGAAGAAAUAUAAGGAGUAAUUUCCUUUUAGGAAUGAUUUUGUCAUGAUCCGGGUUGAAACAAAAAGGAAAGGAUCCAAAAUGCAGAAUGACAAAAAUGAUUUAUUCAGAAAGAACUAAAAGAAAAGCAACAAAAACUUUCUUGCAAUGUCCAACUCAAAAAUACAAGAAACACAGAUGACACUGGAGACAUCGACAUACACAGACGUACAAUGAAUCGAUCAAGAAACAGGGGAAGACAAGGAUUAUAUAUACACACAGGGAAACGAGCAACGAGAGGCAGGUGAGACACAGAGACACAGGUGCAGACAAUCACUAUGGAGGGAAACUGAGGAAGAAAAACGCCUGGAAACACAGGGAAUAAACUACUUCAAAAUAAAACAGGAAACACUGAUAAGGAAUAAAACACUGAGAGCAUGAGGGAAUCGGGGUCAGACAAAAACAGAAAACUCAAGACAGGACUACAGGGGAACAGGAGCAGUAGGGAACAGAAACACCAGGGAAAAACUAAAAACCAGAACAUAUCAUGACAGGUUUUAUGGAGAUGUGGUUUCUGUCACAGCUGUAUGAAGAUGCUGGUCGUAUCUGCUUCUCUUCACAAACACCCUGAACUGCUUUUGAUCAUAUUUGUCCCCCUUCUUUACAAAAGAACUCUCGCCUUAAAAGGAAAAGAGGGAGCAGGGACUUUUUCUUACUCGCUGACCUCUGAGGAUUAUAAAAAUUGGAUUAUAAAGUAGAGGGUGCAGGAAUAACGUUCUCCAGCAGAGUCAGAGACAGCUGACCGGCUGACCGCCUUAUUGUCAGCAUGUAUCAGAAUGAUCCCUUCUUCUUUAACGUUGACAGAUAACCUGAAGGGUCCCACCCGACCCUCAGAAACCUUGAAAAUGUUUCUGACAGGCUGGCUGUUGCUCUCCCAUCCUCAUUCCCAGUCUCCCCCUGCUCCUCCCCUUUUUUUCAUCCCUUUUCUUCUUAAGAUUUGGAGAAAAUAAGUCUGGUACGGCCUCCCAUGGGGGCAGCCCCAGCCUCAGGUCCAUUUGCCAGCUAUUAGAGAUCAUAAAUCUCUAUAGUGAAUGGAGCGGCUGCCACCGCUGGUGCAGGGUUUUGAUGGUGAACUGGAGGGGGUUGACCUGCAGGGCAGGCCUGCAGCAGGAGAAGGGGCUGAAUGAGACAGAGAGACAGCCAGGGGCAGGGGACAGCUCGUUAAACAAAUGUUUCUCACUCCUUUUUGUUCCCUUUCUCUUUGCUGUGAAGAGCUGCUGAAUAUGUGGAGCUGGGAUGGAUGUUUGAUAGAGGGUUUGGCUCUGCUUUAAUGGGGUCCUCAUCUCGAUGUAAAUGUGAAGUUUGGGGGGAAAGGGUCACAAAUCUCCAUCUUUGUCACAGUGCUGACCUGCCAGUGCCCUAUGUUCGAGGGACACAGAUACUCCAUCACAGCUUUGUGUGUCCGUGGGUGUGUUUGACAAGGAUUUUGACUUAUUACGUCUCUUAGAAAAAGAAGGUUCGUGUUUGUGUCUCAGUGAGGGUGACAGUUAAAGAUGCCACGCUCUGGUAGCUGUUUGUACGACUUAAAUCUGAGUCUUGUUUGUGUGUUUGAAUUUGUAUGUCUUUAUUGUGUCUUUAUCUGUUUGUCUCCAGAGUGAAAGCUUUCACAACCAGCGACAGGGGGUAAAGUGUUUAUUUGAACACAUGUUUAGACAGCCUGCUGAGGGCCAUUUGGCUGUCUGCUGCAAUCCCCUCUGUUUCUAGAGACACCCUGGGGCAGUUCAGCUCCUUCUCUCUCUCUCUCUCUCUCUCUCUCUCUCUCUCAUCAGUGAGUCUGUCUCUCUUUACUCUUUUAACCCUCAGCCAGUCUGUCUUGUUCUAUCUCGCCUUCUGUCACUUAAAAUCAAGCCAUGUCCAUGCUACUGCUGACAAUCUCAAACCAUUUAUUUCUCCUUGUUUUGUCCCUUUAAUCCACUUCUAUAUAUUUUUUUCCCAAAUCAUUAUAUGAUUGAAAAUUUGAACCAGCCACCAGGAAAUGCUGAAAACUUUUAGAAAAUUUGGACAACUGAUUUGUCUGUUUCAGUAAACUGUGUCUUAUCAGUUUACAGAGUGUGGCCUAUGCUAACAGAGCAUGCAUUUAGUCUUCUUUGCAGCUUAUGUCCAUAUGUCUUUGGUGUGUUUGUCUGUAAUUGUUUUCUAAACCAGAAUACUGCCAAAGUACGCACUGCCACAAGUCGCCAUUUGUCCCAGUGCUUGUUUACAUCCUGAUAAUAGAGCAUUAUAGAAUUGUGACAGUAGUAUUGACGGGAGCUGCAGCCCCAGUCAGUGGCUAUACUCUAGCUUGGACUUGGACUUGACAUCAGGACAGUUAUAAUAAAUAUCAUAGAUGGGACUCUUGGGUGGUGAUUUAAGUCUAGGGCAUCAUCUUUUUGAGCCCAUAAAGACUUCAGUCAGCCUUUAUUAAUAUCCAGUUAAACAAAUUUCUAACGAACUUCAUAUGAAAAUAUAACAUGAUGCAGUGUAAGAGUACUGUUUUCUCAAUUGAUGCAGCCCCCAUUUAAAGAAUAUAAGUUUUUUUAUUUUGUUGUUAUUUAUGUGGAGUCUUUAAAAUAAUUGUAAGAACUAUGAGAGCCUGGACUUGACCUUGCAGCUGCCCCUUUCGACCUGACUAGACUCGCACUUUCAGAAAAGACCUUGUGCCGAUCUCUGUAUUUAGUCGAGGUGGGAACCACUAGUGGCCCCGAGAUACCAUAUUAUUACGUAACUUGGGCCACAAUACGAAACAAUAUUAUAGCGAUUUUUAACAUUUUGCAAUACAGUAAGUAUUGCGAUACAAUAUAUUGCGAUUCAUAUAAUUUCUUUAAACUGUUUAGCCAAUUUAGCAUUUGUCUUUCUUCUGUUUGUCUUAUUUACGCAGUAUUUUAUUUUCAUGUAGCACAUCUUGCAAACCUUAUAUACAUUUGUUGAACUAACUUUCUCCUGUUCUAUAAUGUCACCUCUGUCAACCUCACUGGACAAAUAGUUGAUUUUAUUUUUCCAUUAUCAUAGAUUUGACUUCACAUUAGCAAUUAAUUUGAAAAAUCGAUACUUGGUAAAUGAGACGAUAUGAUAUAUCACCAGACAAAAUAUUGCAAUACAAUGCUGUAUCAGUUGUUUCUCCCACCCCUAGUAUUUAGUGGUUUGAUUUAAACAGAUUUAUGGUGUUUUGGCUCUGUUUCAUGUGAAAGUUUAAGAAAUGAUUAAGAGUUUUGAAUCCUGCUACAUAACAAUUGUCUUUGUGUAUUUAAAGAUCUGAUAUCCCACACAGAACAAAGUAUGAAUCAUGUGUUUGUGCUUUGAUUUGUCAUUUGGUUUUAGUCAGAGUUUAUUUUAGUUAGGGCUAAUCAUAUUGCAGAAAAAAUGUGCUCCUGUUUCAGCAUGAUAAUCCACUCCAGUCACCUUUUGUACUAAAACAAAGCAGUUUUUGACCCAAAGGGCAGAUAGAUGACAACACUAGAUCGACAUAGUCAGGCUUUCUUUGAGUAAGCUGGCUCAACAAAGCCCAAAGCUCUAAGUUGAUAAAUUAGGAGCACAAAGCUGGUAACAAACCUGUAACCUCAACCUGUACUUGAGAACAUAACCUGGUCUUGAUCAGGUUUAACAGAGCCAGAUUACCCUGUAAUCUUACUUUGUGGUACACCCCGUUGUCAAAGUUACAUGUGCUGUCACAAACACUGUCCACACUAGUUUAAGUCACUGCAACAGUCCUCUAUCCCUUCAUGGAGCAACUUUCAGCAAAAAAAUUUCAACUUUUUUUGUUUGCAGCAGCCAGAGCCUGCAGGACAAACAAUUUUGUAGUGUCUGUAUUGCAUCAUCUGUCAAAUAAAAGCCCUGAUGAUAUUCUGAUUGCAUCUUUUCUGGCAGAGACCUGGGAGCCUCCCCUGCUGGGAUCAGAUUAAACCUGCUGGGGAAAGUGGUUUUAAAGUUUGGAGUCCAAAUUUGUACAGAAGAAAAAAGACGCUGUGUAAUAACAGAUCACUAAGAUUUGUGAGACUGUGUGUCUGGUGGUGCUGCUGGUGAUAAAUCUCCGUGCUCUGUGGAAAGAGAUGCUGUGAUAUGUUAUGGAUAUGUACAGAUAUUGAGGGUGAAAGGGAAAAAGUGCGAUGGUCGAUCAGGGGAUUGAUAUUGCAUUUCCCUCAGAUUAAGACUAAGGAGAUAUUACUUUUAGAUCAAGCUGAAGUCCUCAGAGAAGAGUUUGUGAUGCUCUUCUCUGAGGUAAAAUCUACUUUAGAAGAAGAGCUAAUGAGUUGAGAUCAAACCUUUUAACAGUUGGCACAUUGGGUACAUCUGCAGCAGAAACUAAUGUUACACAAAUUAUAGGAAAAAAAACCAAUUAAACCACAGAUUGAAUGCACACCAGCUCUACAUACACCAUUGAAACUGUGGGAAGUGAUCAUAUCAAAGAUAAAACAAAGUUAAAAAGUCAAAGUAUAGAGACCGUGCUCACACAGUCAGAUCGCAGCUUUGAGAGAAAAAAAGGACUUGAUCACUAUCACCACAGAUGUAGAGUGGGGAUUACCUUGAGUCUGAGAUAUAAUUUUCUGAUGUCUAGCUAAUCCAAUGUUUCAUUUAUAUUUCUAAAGUAGACUUUGGCUCUGAUACCAUUGUACAUUGAAGGAUUAUUAUUGCUUGAAGCGCUGUAUUCAGCAAGGAUUUCUUUCUUUGGUCUCAAGAAGUUGAAGGAUGGAUAAUAGUCAAGGAUGGAUGCUUUUAAAAUCUACCUAAGUGAUGACUAUACAGCUAAAACAGCUCCUUUGAUUUGGAUGUAAUGAAUUAUGUUUGCAAAUGAAAUUGUAAAGCUGCCAGUGUUGUGGUAGGAUGUGUUUGUGUCCUUGUGUGUGUGUGUGUGUGUGUGUAUAUGCUUGCUCACAUGGUUUGUGUCACAGAAUAGGAUCAGACGCCUGGAGAUUCAAACAAAUGCCCUGUCUGACACCGAACCACAUAUCAAACCCCAUCCUGUGUGUAUGUGCACUCGCAUAUACGCGCUGAAGACUUCUUCACACCGACCAACGUUGCCUGGUUACAGGCCAGUUGGCAAGGAAACGGUGACGGCCCGUACUAAUUUGUGAUGGCCUCAGAUGACUGUGUGUGUAUGUGUUUGUGUAUAGGCAUAUAUGUUAUUCUGUGUGUGCAAAAUGAAUGGUUCUUUCUAAUCUGUCAAGUAAGACAGGUGAUCCAGCAAUCUGCAGAUUGGCUUAGACGGACACAGCGUCAGUCAUCUCUGCAGUCGCUGUGAAACACACUUUUGUGUGGAAGAAAAACCAAUUCAGGCCUGUCUGAAAUCUGUGUCAGUUUUACUCUCUGUUUGGAACAUUAGCAGGAGCGAUAUGGGAAAAGAUGUUUGUCUGCCUGGUUUAAAGCAAGAAAUUGACUUAUUUCCAGAUGUGGGUAGACAUCCAACUUUAAUCCAGGAUCUUAUCAAUGAUCCCAGAUCAGAUGUGUCCACAGGGGUCCAUUUAGGCACACAAACGGCAGUGAGCACAGGGGUCUUUGCUCAACCUGUUACUGGUCUUGGGUGGCCCUGUUUCUAUAGAUCUUUUUCAAUUUACUAAAAGGAAUAUUCCGGCGUGAAAUGGAGUUAGGGUCAAACACACCCUAACACUGAGUUAGACACCCCCUCGAGAGAUGAAUGUUGCUGACUGCUUGCGUCUCUAGUUAUACCAACUUCAGUAACAACCACACAAUACAUCUCCACAUGCAAAUUUCAACUAAAAAGCCACUCUAUAGCCACAAAUAAUGCUCAGGACAGCACCUAACUACAUCAACAGUACAUAUAGGGUCCCAGCCGUAGUACUAGUCAUCAAACAUCUUUUUCACUUAAUUUCUUUAGCAAAGAGACGAAACACGACUCACCCACUCUCCUCCAGCAGCUGCUUGUUUGUGAGGGAGCCUUUACGAGACGAUCACCGAGUGCAGCAGAUCAUUUCCUUGAAGUACUAAUCAUCAUAUUAAUCAUUUUGAUUGCUUUCCCUGAAGUUAUAAUCAUAAAUCUUCUUCCUUGAGCUGCGAAACUGCAGGAAUAUCCCUUCAAGGCAUCAGAAUCAGUAACCUUGGAAUCCAGUCUUCUGCAAGGUGUAACGUCCUUUUUUAAUGGAAUAGCAAGUUCUUUUAUUACCUACAAACAACCCCCCAUUCAAACAGUGAAGAUGAGUCGAGUAAUUCAAAAACAAUGGUACAGUACACCGAUUUUAAAAGAUGUUGAAGGUUUCAUUAAUGGGCUUGUUUGCUUAUGCUAUUCUGCAGAAAUAACUGGCUUUUCUUGCUGUUUCUUUCUGUGAUUUUAUGCACUACAAAACUAAACUGAAAGUAAGUUUGUUUUGCAUAUAGAUAAGCACAACAGUUCAGAUCUAAAGACUGAUUUCGGUCUCUGAAUGUGGGCUGCACGUAGUCAUAAUGAAGUGCUUUAUGAGAGAGAAGAUGAGGGCGAAAAAAUGACAACAAAGACAGAAUAUUAUGCUGCAUGUAGGAGAAAGCAAUGACCUGUGGCGCACUGUGUGCACACAGGACAGGAGAGCAGCAGAGUCAAAAAUAGGAAGAGGGGUGAAAAGGAGGAUGAGGAAAAGAGAGUUAAAAAGAGAGGAGAUACUGUAGCCAGCUGUGCCUGUCAGUCAGCUCUCUGUACCUGCUGAUAAGACUAAGCUGAAAGAAUACAGCCCCCAAUGUAAUGUCAUGCACUUGAAAAUUCCAUUUUUGGUCUGAUAUUUCACACUCUGACUUGGUGUCACUCGCAAGUGAGGUAGGAGCUCAGACCUCAUCCUUACUACAGGAGGAAGGUGAUUUUCCACUCAGAUAUCAGGGAGUUUUCUUAUUUCAGCAAACUUUUCUUUUUUUUGUAAGAAAAUGAUUAAAACUUCAACUUACCCAAAAUAUAUAAACACAAGUUCAAAUCUCUGCAAAUCUCUUUGGGGCAUUAUUCAAAUUUAAGUCUGCGGGGUGUUUAUUUUUUAGAAAUACCCCAAACAGACAGUUAAUUCAUUGUUUGCAUUAAAAAUAAGACAGCCAGAUAAAUUUACAUACCACACUGUGAUAUUAACACAAACAGAGCAGCAAGAGAGCAGUAGAGGGCUUGUGCUGCCCAAGUCUAGUGUUAGUUGUUGAUUAUCUGGCUCUUAAUUGCCUGGCUGUGUAGAUACUUGAUUCUAAUUGGUCAAAACCCCUUGACAUUGCUUAUUUAAUCUAAGUAGAAAUAGGGAUGUCAGGGACAAACUGAUCAUGCAUAUCUUAUCGAAUAUAAAAGGAAGAUUCAACAACUUUUCUUGUUGGCAAUGGAGCAAAAAAAAAGAAAAAAAAAUUCCAACAGCCUUUGUAAUAAAAAAUGGUGGAUUUUAGGGCUGGGCGAUAUGGCCUCAAAUCAAUAUCACGAUAUAUUGAGCAGUUCACCUCGAUGAUGAUAAAUGGAUGAUAACUACUCCACAAGCUGCUCACCCCCUCCCACAUUAAACUUCAUCUACUUCAGCCACUACAACUUUUGAACCUCUAUCUCCUCACCUGUCUUUCCCACUUUGUUACAGACUGAAUGGGGUGGGGUCACGUCUCUGACAUAGGACAACGUCUUAAAGGGACAUGAAACCAUAGCCUGCCUACACACACCCAAAACCAACUUUGAUUUACAAAUUUUUUUGACACCGAAUAUACUGAUAUGGGCAAAAAUGACAUUGGUUAUCGUCGUAAAUUUCUGUAUGGUAAAUUUUUGGUUUAUCGCCCAGCCCUAGUGGGUGUUUCGCUAUUUCUCUAAAUUUAUUUAGAGUGCACAAAACUUUAGAAAAGAAGACAUGAGGAGGAAACCUAUAAAAACUGGUGAGGUAAAUUUAACCCCAAAAGGAGCCGAAUAGAAUAUCAAUUAACUGAACACAACAGUUGCAAAAAAAACACAAACUGUAACACCAUAUAGGACUGUAAGAGUGAAAGAGAAAGGUGACCGAAAAAAAGUACAGGGAAGAGGAUCUUAUGAAGUAGCUCUUUAUUGUAUUUUUCUGCAAGUUCUUCACUAUGCUAAUUUCCCUGGGCUUGAACAGCAGCUGGCAAAAGCUCAAUGGCUAUUGUGUUAGAGAGCCUUUAGCUAAUUAGAGGCAAUUUUUAUAAUUAUGCAAUUUCUUUGGUCUGUUGCAUUGUCGUAUUAUAAGGAUCACCUUUAAUUUUUCCACAUCCUCUUUUUUCAUUUCAACCUUUCUUUCUUGAAAUGACACUUUAAAGUUAUCACCUGUUAGUGCUCAGUUUCAGCCUUUUGUCUCCGACCCUCUUCCUGUGUCUCUCGUACUUCAAAGCAGAGAUCCGGUCGGCCGUCUGUCCUAUAGUAAUCAUCUUCUUUCACAAUAAGCCAGGGAAAUAACAAGUUCAAGUGUGCAGUCUUCACAACACUUGCCCCCUCGGUCGUUCAGCAGUUUCCCCCAGAGGAAAACACAGCUUCUAUUCAAACAUGAGUAACGGUGGAGAGAGCAGAGAGAGGGUGAGAAACUGUGAAGGAGCUGCUGUUUUAAUGGAAGUGGGUUAUAAUAGAGUGCUGCGCUAGGAAAAGUGAGGUCCUCUCCCUGCUUGUUGAUCUAGCUGAUUUGUGCUGUGUCAGUUUCUGCACUUUGUGCUCAGCUGAAGGUUAUCCAUCAAAGGCAGUAAUUCCUGAUGCUACUGACCGCCAACUUCCCAGCAAGCUUUGUUGUUUUUUUUCUUCUUUUUGAUAGCAAGUGUAGUCUGAGUAUUUAUGCACUGCAGCCACCUAUCUAUUGGGUUAGUACAAAGCAUUAUCAAACUAGAACUGUGAUUAUUUAUCUUUAUCUUUGCUGCUGUCUGUGACCUCAUUCUGAUGACCAAACCACAACCGUGCUGGUAUUAAGUCCAGCAGCUUAACCCUAGGAAUAAUAUAGCUUUUACACAACAUAUCUACAAGAAGCCUCAUAGGACACAGUAUUUGGAGGCAACAGAUUAACCCAGAUUAAAUUUUUACAUAUUUCAGCUUCUUUGAAUAAUGUACGUUUAUUGUUAAUGGAGUAAGAGUUUGUUGAAGUUGAAGCCAGGCUGUUUGAUUUCAGAGCACCUUCAAAAUAAUGGGACAUUUUGUCAAUUCACCAGUGCUGUUAUUAGGGCUGGGCGAUAAACCGAAAAUUUGCCGAUACUGAAAUUUAUGACACCAACUGACAUCAUUUUGCCCAUCAAAAAAAAAGAAUUUAAAAAGUUGGCUUUGGAUGUGUGUAGGUAGGCUAUGGUCUCAUGUCCCUUUAGGACGCUGUCCUACGUCAGAGGCGUGACUCCACCCCAUCCAGUCUGUAAGUCUGUAAAAAAGAGGGAAAGACAGGUGAGGAGAUGGAGGACGGUUCAAAUGUUGUAGCAGCUGAAGCAGACGAAGUUAAUGUGGGAGGGGUUGAGCAGCUUGUGGAGUAGUUAUCGUCCAUUUAUUGUUAUCGAGGUGAACUGCUCAAUAUAUCAUGAUAUUGAUUUGAGGCCAUAUCACACAGCCCUACAGGUUACACUUAAUGACAAUACUCACUGACUGAUCUGACCAGGAAAUCAGAUUGAUGAGGUGGCAAAGUGUUGUAUCAUUUAGUAUAGGGGUAAAAAACAUUAAUACAGCUUUUAGAAAGCCAAGUUUGAGUAGCAGCCUCCAGUCCCAAAAAGUAAAGCUGGUGUAUUGUUUUGUUAAAUGUAUCGUCUUAUUCUUACAUGAAUUUUCAGAUGCCAUACAAUAUUGAACAGUCCAAUCUGCAUCCUGCAUACUGAUUCAUACACAGUUUCAUCUAUUUAUAACUCGUCCUCUUCUUGAUUAUUAUUUUGAAUGCUGCUUUCUUUUCUUCUGGGUGUUUGUAUUUGUUUUUUUUUUUUCAUCAGCUGAUUCCACAUCACUUUCCGUUUCACUGUUUACCUCCAUGACUUUGCUCUUUUUCUUACAUGUAUAGCUGCAGCUUUAUCCUCAGAGUGUAGGUGUUGUUUAUAGUCACAUUAACAGGCUCUGCUGUGGCAUUUUAAAGGCUAUUAGAAGUCUCGUUGAGACAUUAGUCAUGUCUCCCAAAGUGUGACGUGGGCAGAGCACAGGCUGGGCCGGUGGAGGCUGUGACAUGCACGGUGAGCUUUAUCAUCAGAAUCAGAAUCAGAAUACCUGAUUUAUCCCGAGGGGGAAAUUUGGUCAUUACAGCAUUACACUUAAUCUUGAAAAUAUAAAUAUUAAUAGAAGGAGAAUAGAAAUAGGAAUAAAAAAAGAAUAAAUAAGACAUAGCAACAGUUUGUAAAAAGUGCAGAAUCUUAGAAAUAAGCUUUUUACAAAGUGCAAAGUGUUGGAGAGUAUGAAGCCAGUUUGCAGCGUAGGAUAUUGCAGAGUAUUGCACAGUGUAGCUUAAUAAACUACGUUAUCAGUAUUGCACUCUUAGAUUAUUGAUGUUUUGAUCUGUUUCCAAAGAGACUGCACAGUUGAAUGUAAUUGUAUGCAGUGUAGAAGCUUAGAGUUGUAAAGUUUGAUGGCCACAGAAAAGGAUGACUUCCUUUGACGCUCUGUGGAGCAUUUAGAGGGAAUGAGAUCGGUGCCAAAUGUGCUCCUGUGUUUAACCAGCAGGUUAUGGUGGAUGCUGUCAAAGUUACAACCUCAUCUCUGUCACCAUUAAGUCCAGUAGGGCUGUCCCGAUAUGAUAUUGAUAUUGGAUGUCAGUCCGAUAUAAGCCAAAAGGCAAAUAUCUGAUUAUAUCGGCCUGCAUCUAAAAUCAGCACUCGGAUACAAGCAGUCCAUUCCAGACUCCGCUCCAGCACCUCUAUCUAGCAGCGCCCGGUUCAAGCAUGCAGAGCCCACGUGAUCACAACAACAGUGUGUACUAAGGUACUAACAAAGUAGCACGGAGUAGAAGUGAUGUUGGAGGUGAGGCAGUAUUUUUUGUUAAGGUCCAAAAAAGACAUUGCAGCUGAGUGCAAAACUUUUCAUGCACAAGUUUGUGCCAAUAUCGGGUCAAUAUUGGUAUCGGCUGACACUGAAGGCUACAAAAUCAGUAUCGUAUCAGAAGUAAAAAAGUUGUAUUGGGACACCCCUACAGUCCAGCUCUACCUCCGCAAUGCCACUAGCCUUGCAGACGAGUUUGUUGAGUCUAUUGGUGUCUGUCAGGAUUGCACUGGCUACCACAGACUCAUAGAACAUCCUCAGCAUGGUCCUGCAGACGUUAAAGGACCUCAGCCUCCUCAGGAAGCCCUUCUUGGAGACAGCUUCAGAGUUCUUAGACCAGUCCAGUUUGUUAACCAAGUACACGCCCAGGUACUUGUAGUCCUCCUUAAUGUUCACACUGACACCCUUCCUGAUGCAUCCAACUGCAGCAGAGCCAUCGGAGAACUUCUAAAGGUGUUAGGACUCUGUGUUGUAGUUGAAGUCCUUGGUGUAGAGGGUGAAAAGGAAAGGAGACAGGACAGUCCCUGCAGGACCGCAGUGUUGCUGACCACUCUGUCUGACACACAGUAUUGUAAGCACACUAGAGUCAGAUAGUCUACAAUCCAGGACAUGAGCGGAGCCUCCACCUGCAUUGCCGUCGGCUUCUCACCCAGUAGAGCCGGCCUGAUGGUGUCAAAGUCAAAAAACAUGACCCUCACAGUGCUCUCUGGUUUGUCCAGGUGAGCGUAGACUCGGUUGAGCAGGAAGGUGAUGCCGUCCUCCACUCCCAGGUGAGACUAAUACCAGCCAGACAGCUGACCUUUUCCUUUAGGAUCCCCCAUGAUAGGGCUGUUUGGAUAAUUAAUACUGUGAACUUUUACAACUAUUCACAUCUCUCUCUCCUCUGUCUAGACACCCUCUGCUGUCACCGUGUCACUCAGCUGUCAAGUGACACCAGCAGAGGGGGUUUGAAUUGGGUUGGGAGGUAAAGGAUUGGAUCUGCCUGUCUGUGUUUGUUCCAGGUGGAAUUGGGUACCAGCUGAGUUGGAGGCAAAGUUCAAUUGAAGCACUUUGAUGAUAAUGAAAUUGAAAAGAGGAGCACGAAUCUGAGUGACAGCCAGACUUAAGUGAGUCAUCAAGUGUCGGUGUUACACAAGUUAACAUUUGGCUCAUGGUUUCCUGUCACUGCAGAGAAAAAAGGUGUUAUCCUUUGAGAUUAAAAUGGAGACUUACAUACAGGCAUGUAGCGUGCAGUCUUAAGAACAAUCUCUCUCUUUAGAUUGUAUUAAUAGAUGCUAGCAUCUGCAUUCCUGAGUCCUCUCUCUGUCAUCCUCUGAACAGUGCUGCUUUUGUCCAUGUAACUCUGAAUUCUCCCUCUGUCAGAGAACAAUGAAACGACCCACUGGCUGCUGACUGCUACCCUGUAGGCAUCAGUGCCUGCCUGAGCUGGGAGCUGUCAGGUCAGACCCAGGCUGUGGUACAGAUUAGACCUGCUCAUGUCAAGUCGACCUCCGUGAGAGUGCUGCUUUAUUCUUACAAACUGAGCUGACUGCUGUAUUGGCUUUUGUGUGUAUUUGUGUGUGUGUGUGUGUUCAUGGGCACACUAAUCUUUUCUUCAAUGAAACUAGCUUUUCACAAAAAUAAUAAUGUGUAUUAUUAAUAGGAUGUCCACUAGAGUGGUAAGCAUGAACAUUCUGGUUAAGAUUCAGCUUUUUUUUAGCAUCUGUCAAAGGGAAAAACUACAGACUGUAGAAUGUAUGCAGAAUGAACGCCGUCUGCCUCCUCGCAGGGUGAAGCCACCGCGAGAACAGCAUCCUCUGGUGACGGGCUGCAGUUUAGGUCAUAAAUCCUGCCUCCUCUAGCCAUCCCUAUAAAGCUGUGGACAAACUUUAGAAAUUAAACACACAAAAUACAAAUUUUUCUGCCUCCUGGUUGUGAUGUUGACAUGUAGUUACUGUAAGACUGGUUUGUGCUAAAGUCCUCUUUUCUUCUGUGCAGCUCCGAUUUUAAAAGUUAUCAGAGGGUUCAUGUUUUCUAUGAUUGACACUUGAUACAGCCUAUGGGCGUACGAAGAUUGCUUAGCUCACCUGUGUACAACACUACUGCGCAAGUGAUGUUUCCAGGAAGUGGAGAAAAUCCCAGAAAUACCGAGAGCAAUUCGGCUUCAAAUUCGUGUAAUGAUAGAAGGUGGAACAAAGUUGUCCAUAGUAUAUACAGUCCAUGGAAAAAACAUGCAAAGUUCAUGUCUUUGCUUAUCUCUCAGUCAGAAGUAUAUUUACUGUAAUUCUUAUUAAUGUUUUUUCUUGUAAAAGCUAGAAAAUUCUUUGAGUCUGCUUUAUUAAUGCUAUUCCACCAGUAGCAGCUAUUGGAUCUGUCGACUGUCAACUACAAAGCAUCUUGAAAUAAACUUUCGAGGGUUAAUUAGACUGCUCUCUGCCAUUUCAGCAGCUCUGUGAGGCCAUCUGGAGACGAGUGGCAGACUUCCAAGUUCUGUUAAAAAAUAAAUUUCAACUUUGUAGCUGAUUCGAACUUUAGAAAACUCUCAGGAAACAGUCAAUGUGAAGCAUCCAGCAUUACCGACAUAAUUUAACACUGGAUCUCCAAACCUGCAGGUAUAUGAUGUUAAAUUACUAUUUACCUAAAGGCUCUUAUAGUGAAUAAUAUCAAAAGUGGCAAACAGAAGCAGAGCUGGCACCACCAACCCUCUUUGCAGAUUAGCGUCCACAUGCAUUUGCUUGUUCUACACAUUGCUCUGGCUAAGAGGUUCAGUGACAGUUUAACCAGACAGAGUGCAAAUACAACUCCAUCUCAGUUUUCUUUAUCAAAAUACAGCUAAACUGCUGUGCACUAUUAGAAAUCAUAUGUCAUCUUGAUAUAUGAUUAGACAAUUAGGAAACAUGUUCGAUUAAAAUACUGGCUUCUCUCAUAAUAACCCUGCAACAGCCAGCAUUUCCUCCCCCAGGAUGGAGUGGUCUGUUUUUGUUUUGGUGGACAGUUUCAAGGCACCCCACAUGGCUGUUUUGAACACUCCCCAGGCUGCCAGAUAUGAGACCAAUUAUGGACGAGCAAACUUGAUAACUGAUUCUUCCCAACCCAACCUGCAUAUUACUUUAAGUGUUUUGGAGGUUGAGUGUCUACCGCUAGCCAAAUUUGUACUGGCACUAAAGGAAGAAAGUAAAGAUAGCAACUCAGUUCAUGAUAAAUCAAUUGAAUUUUCAGUCAAAUCUAAACCAAUGAUACUAAAUAAACAUUUAGAGGAAUAAAACCAUAUUAUCAAAUGAAUUGGGGCCCAGAAUUUAAUCUACCUUUAAAUUUCAUUUUAUAAUUUGCCUUAUUUUUUGUACCUAUUUUGCAAUUUCUCAAAAGACAAUUUGCUGGAAAGUGAAGUGGAUAGUAGUCAAGACAAACAAACACAUGUAUGUAUUUUCAAAGGCAGUCUAAUAAGCAUGCUAAUAGCCACUCUUUCUCUCAUCUUUGCUCCAACAAACACCAACAAUGAAAAAACUAAUCACUGGCACAAGGAUUUUCUUGUCUGCCUGUCCCUCAGUUUGACUGCUGUCCUCUGGGGUUGUCAGCUGUCGGUCUGAGUGUUUGACUUUUCACCUCCCUCUCAAUUCCCCGCCCCUCCCAUUCUCAGCUACCACACACUGACAAGCUGUCGGCUCCGCUCAACCUGAACUAGUCUCUUGAAUGAGACCAAGUCUGAGCCCUGCCUCUGGGACCAGUGAUAAACCUUGAAACCACAGAGCAUCUCUCAGCUUAUGGUGGCCAAUGGCACAGCUAAAGUACUCUUUCAGCUGCAUCAGAUAAUGAAACAAAGGGAGUGCGUGUGUGUGAGGUUGAGAGGAGGAAGAUCGCACAGGUAAAGAAGCCCUUGGUGUCAGUAGCAUGGUCCAAGAAGCACGAUAAACAUGGGAGCACCUGUGUUUUUCACUCUAUCUGCUAUGUCAGAGUGUGUGUGAGUGUGUGUGCUUGUUGGCAUGUGUUAGUCUUGCCUACUGUCCCUGGGCUUCAGAGUAAUUAUAUGAGAGACUAUCAACCUUCUCCCACUCUAAGGAUGCUGGCUUUAAAUUACACCUGCUAAUUGCUUGGCAUCAAGGGAAUACCGAAGCACUGGGAAAUACAAAUCCUGUGUACUGGUGUGUGAAUCAAUGUCUACAGUCGGGGCUUUUCAUAUACCAUAUUGAUAUUGGAUAUUGGUCCGAUAUCAGCAAAAAAAUGAAUAUCAGAUUAUAUCGGCAUGCAUCUAAAAUCUUCAAUACAAGCAGUCCAUUCCAGACUCCGCUCUGACACUUCUAUCUAGCAGCGCCCGGAUCCAGCAUGUAGAGCCCACGUGAUCACAGCAACAGUGUGUACUAAGGCAGAGGUCCCCAACCACGGGCCCCGGACCGGUACCGGUCUGUGGAUCAAUUAGUACCGGGCUGCUUUCGCGCUUGACUCUUCGGCACGUCAUUUUCCUGCUUCAGCGACACAAGCUAGUCCUUGCAAAAAUGAGCCAGAAACAGAGUUCACUGGAGAGAGAAAGGGUUGAUUCUGCAUCAUGGUGAGUUGAUGUCGAAGUGUAAUGAAAAGUGCCUAAUCUAAAUCGUGAUUGUUGUAUCCAGUUUGCAUGCUUCGUACAUACUAUGUACUGAUUAAGGUUUUUGUUAUUGGAACCUCCACGCUCCUACCCGGUCCUUGGAAAAAGUUUCCUGCAUGAAACUGGUCCAUCGUACAAAAAAGGUUGGGGUCCACUGUACUAAGGUACUAACAAAGUAGCAAGGAUUUAGAGUGAUGUUGGCUUUAUGGCAGUAUUUUUCAUUAAAGUCUAAAAAAGAUGUUGCAGCUGAGUGCAAAACUAUUCAUGUACAUUUUGUGCCACUAUUGGAUCAAUAUCGGAAUCUGUCGAUAUUGAAGGCUACAAUAUCGGUAUCGUGUCAGAAGUCAAAAAGUUGUAUCGGGACACCCCUUAAAACUGUAUGUAAAAGAGAUACAUACAUAAAGUUGGGUUCACAUGAACAGUAAUGUACUACAAUUAAUCAAGAACCUAAGUGGAAAUGCCUGUGGCUGCACACGUAAGUGCAGAAGUCCUUGUUCCAAUUCAGUAAAUGCUUGAAUUUGAGUCGAAGUCUGAGUAAUCAGAGUUUGGGUCUUAUUGAGUCUUUAGUAAUACAUCUGUACCACCUGAGGGUUUUAUGAAGAGAUUUUUCAGCUUCUUUGACUCUUUUAUGUUAUUUGGAAAUCCUCAAAUUCUUUUCAUUUUUGGGCUGAGCAGCAUUGUUCUGAAAUUGUUGAACUAUUUGCGCGUGAUGUUUCACACAGAGAUGUUUUGUUGUCCCUGUUCAAACUUUUUUUAAGUUAUUGGUAUCAAAUGUGAGCUGUGUAUAUGUUUCAUAAAUCUCCACAUAUGUAAACUUUGUGCUAUGUUCAGUUAAGUAAAGGGUUGCAAUGAUUUCCAACAUCAAAAUCUGUUUUUAUUCAACUUUUUAAACAGCAUGUGGAAUUAGAGCUGUACUUUUUUGAAAUAAAAAAUUGAGUCUUUUCUGCUUUGACUUUGUGAUGAAUAAGGUGUUCUUGAACUUUUAGAACAUAGUGUGCAGUCCAGCUUGAAAACCUUUAUAACCAAGAGAGGAAAAAAAGAAAUCCAUUGGGUGAGUAAUACCCUGCCAGCUCAUUUAACGGGCUAUUAUAAUGUCAGAUGCUGGUAAUUACUUUGGCAGGGCAUGUCUGCUUUCAUGCUAUAUAACAGAUUUAAUGUAGUGCAAUACGCUAGCUCUCCAAACAGUUGAAACCCCUGGAUAAAAGGCUUGAACGGGUCGAGUUGAGCCUUAAUGACUGGAUGAUUUAACUGCUUGUUUUAUCUGUGGAUCAGCAGAUUGAUCAGGUAGAAGCAGUUUCUUCUUUUAGCAAAUAUCAACAACUCGGUAAUGACCCACUGUUGCACUCUGUGGAGGGACUGUAAGUAAUUACACUACCAGACAGGCUGACUGGUUAUCGUCAAACCAGUUAUUCAUCUUGACAGAUACGCUUAGCCCUUAAAUGCUGGUUAUUCAUGGUCAUGGCUGCUGAAACCUUGAGGAUAUUGUAACAAUAAGACAUAACAGUCAGAAGUUUUUACUGGCAGUCGUGUCUGACUAUAAUGCAGCAGGUUUACUGAUUUCUGUCCUUUUAAAACCAACGUUGUUUUCUGUUGUUUUUCAAGGUAUUGUACCCAAUGAAGUAGAUUCACAUCCUGCAGAGACUGAUACUGACAGCAGGAAAUAGAUCCCCACCCACUGAUGUCCUGAGUGUAUUUGUUUCCAAAUGCUCCUAAAGCUGCAUUCAUGUAUUCACAAAACUCCUGACAAUUCCUGAAAAUUUCAGGGUGGGCUGCAUGUAUGUAUGCAUGCAUGCAAACAGACAUAGUUUUAAUUAGGGCUGGGUGAUAAACCGAAAAUUUACCGAUACCGGAAUUUACGACAAUAACUAACGUCCUUUUGCCCAUGUUGGUAUAUUCGGUGUCAAAAAAAAAUUAAAAAAUAAAAGUUGGUUUUGGAUGUGUGUAGGUAGGCUAUGGUCUCAUGUCCCUUUAAGACGCUGUCCUACCACGUAGACGUGACUCCACCCCAUCCAGUCCAUAACAAAGAGGGAAAGACAGGUGAGGAGAUGGAGGAUGGUUUAAAAGUUGUAGCGGCUGGAGUAGAUGAAGUUAAUGUGGGAGGGUGUGAACAGCUUGUGGAGUAUUUAUCGCCCAUUUAUCGUUAUUGAAGUGAACUGCUCAAUAUAUAGUGAUAUUGAUUUGAGGCCAUAUCGCCCAGCCCUAAUCAUCUCUAAACCCAAAAUUGUUCCUGCCAAAGAUGCAUGUGGAAAUACAGUGAAAAGCUAACUGUGAGUGAGUGAACUGAUAAUGCUCACAUCAUACACUGGCUGAUAACGGUACAUAACAGAGAUAGAUGAAAACCUCCAGUGUUGAAGUAGGACAAAAUUUUCAAGAUGAGGUUGGGGACGAUAUCUGCACAUCAAUCUGAUUGGAAUUGUUAUGAAUGCCAUAGGGCUGUGCGAUAUGGCCUCAAAUCAAUAUCACAAUAUAUUGAGCAGUUCACCUCGAUAAUGAGAAAUGGACGAUAACUACUCCACAAGCUGCUCACCUCCUCCCACAUUAACUUCAUCUACUUAGCCGACGCUCCAGCCGCUACAACUUUUGAACUGUCCUCCAUCUCCUCACCUGUCUUUCCCUCUUUAUUACGGACUGGAUGGGGUGGAGUCACGUCUCAGACAUAGGACAGAGUCUUAAAGGGACAUGAGACCAUAGCCUACCUACACACAUCUAAACCAACUUUUAUUUAUUUAUUUUUGACACCAAAUAUAUUGACAUGGGCAAAAUAAUGUCGUUAUUGUCGCAAAUUUCGGUAUCAGUAAAUUUUCGGUUUAUCGCCCAGCCCUAGAUUGCCGUCAUAGUGUAGGUCUUUGUUGGUUAACUCUUUUGUUGUUGACAGUACACGACUCAAUCGCUAUUGAUGAACAGGUAAGAAAACCAACUUUUGAAAAACCAUGGAGACAAAGUGUAAAUGGCUGCUUCAUGCCUGUAAAUACACAAACCCACAUAAAUAUUGUGUAAAACAAUUCCAGAGUGAAAAAAAUGACUCAGUAAAUCUCUUGGGACAAACUCAAAGCCAACAUUUUGUGGCGGGGUGUUAACGUGUGGGUGGGAUGUUUCCUGCAGAGCUCUCGGGGUGCAUCCUGUCUGAAAUGUUGAUGAUGUUGUUAUCAAAGGUUUUCACUUUGUUGUAUUCCUUUUCUGCUUAUGCAGCAUGAAUUAGUCAGCUAUGCAGCCUCUGAUCUUUUUUUUUUUUGGCUCGCUCCUUUGUUUCUAUAAAAAGAUUACUCUGAAGCUAAACUCGUUUUUGAGAUGGACAGAAACAAAAGAGGGAAGACUGAAAAAAUCAUUUAUUAGAUAGAAACUUUUUCAUAUCAGAAUAAAUUGUUCAUCAUCAGCACAUUACUGAACACGAUCUCAGUGUGUUAGCUGUAAGAGGAUUUGAAGGUAGUAGACCAGGAUAGGAUUGAGUUACUCACUGUCCCCCCUAAUUAACUCUUCAUUUACGCCUCGUGCUUGGCUCAUUUACUUCACCUUGUGUUUACUGUUCCAGACAGCAGCUCCGAGCUAAGGAACAAUGACCCAUACCAGUCGGGGUCAAAGAUCAGAGGUCAGAGAGAGUGCUGGAGGUCAGCCAGGACUGAGAGUGAGAGGUGAAGUUGUUCAAGUAGUUGUUAAUGGCUUCCUGAGCUUUUGUCUCUUUUUAAAUAAGAGGUCAAAGUGUCAGGUUUAUCUUUUUGAAUAUAACAGCCUUUGAUAAAUACUCAGAAAGCAAAGCAAAAGACUAAUCUUUUUUUUUUUUUAGUCUUUUUCCACAUCCCUUUUGAUACCAUUUCACCUGAUUUUUGUAAAACUCCCGAUGGCUCGGUGUUUCUCAGAAUGAUAUCAAAUUUAAGCUGUAUGAAAAAGGCUUAUCUUUUGUACUGUACUUUCUGUGAAACCUUGGACAAAAAUCCCUGACCUUACACACAGCCUCUCCUCUACUUCUUUAAUAUUCAGCUUUAUGAAAAUGAGUCUGAAGACAAAAAGCCCUGCAUUGUGUUCUUCCUUCCCCCCUCCUCUCCGCAGCCCCAAAUCAACUUGCCUUUGCUCCCUGCACCCCUCAACCCACCUUCUCCCCCUCCCUCCCUCCCUCCCUUGUUGUUUUUCUCCUCUUCACUGUCACCAGGCUGCUAAGAAACCCUCAAAUCUCAUUGGCUGUGAAUGUUUUGUGGUAUUAUGUCUGCACACAGAUUUUUGCAUUUGGGGGCUUGUGUGUGUGUGUGUGUGUGUAGUUGCACGUGUGCGUGCAUGUGUGUUUAUGUAUGCCUAUUUUAAUCCGAGGGAUUUGCAUCAUGCUGCCUUUGCUGUUUGCAAAACAGGCCUAAUAGUGCACAAGCAGAGGAACAUGCAGGAGUUCUGAAAAUUAAAAAUGUGCAGCAGCGAGGGUUAGAAGUUCUGCCAAAUGCUAAAUCUUACAUGCACAAGUGUAAUACAUGCAAAAGUGUAAGCACUGCAUUACCCAUAAUCCUUUUCUCGUCCAUAUGUCUACUCAGUAUUCGUCAAUCUGCAGAAAAUAAGUCUUUAAUCAGCUGCAAAUUACACUAAAAACAAUUCUCAAUCAUCCAGUUUGGUUCUCAUCUCUAGGUUACCUUGUUAGGCUUCAUUAUCCAUGAAAAUAUUGCAUAUGAUAUCUAUUGUUGUGGGCCCUCCGCACCUUUCUUUGUCAGCAUACCCCUCAUACAGACAUCUAUACAGAAUUUAUCUCACGUCUGGACAUGCCUGACGUUUCUUGUGAAGGGUAAAACAUGGCAAAAUGAGAAUUUCCUAAAUCUCACAUGAUUGGAAGAGGAUCUGACUGUUGGUGUGGUGCCUGACAGUGCACUUAUGAUUUCAGUUUUUUCUCUGAUUAUUAGAUAUUGAUCUAACCUUGUCAACAGCGACCCUAACACGAAAAGUGCCAUAAUCUUAGUAGGAGCAUUUUAUAAUUUAGUCAAUUUAAUUUUUAAUUUGUUGAAAUAGAGAUUCCUGACAAAGUGAAAAAUUUAUGUCAUUCUUUUAAGCAUUGAAAGACAAAACAGGUUGGUGCAGACCCUAACACAGGAGGAGGGUUAAUGCUAAGCAAGGCUAAUGUAAAACAUCUAAAAAUAGGUCAGAGAAAAAUUUGGUUGAAAAAUCAGUUUUGCAAAAGUUUUGUCAUCUAUCUCAUUUUGGGAAGAAAAAUACACUACAUUACUUCCUCUUAGCUUUUUUCUUGAUUUUCCAUUUGCAGACAGAGCAACUGUAUAUCAAGAGAAACUCUCAGAUUGAUAGAUAGUGUAUAUCAUUUAGAUUUUUACUAGUAUAUGAACAGUGUCAAUUUUCAUAAUGAGACUACAGGAGUCAUGAGUGUACACCCCUUUUUGGAUCAUGUCAUGUCCUCCUCUGUGUGGACACUUGAAUGCAUCAAAAAGAAAUGAUGUCUAAUUGAUCAAACCUAGCAUGAAAUUACAAACACGGGCCCACUGUUGAGUGUGUGUCCUCCUCUCUGCUGCACCACCCGGCAGACAGCCUGUUGACUUCAGCUAUAGCUCACUCAACUUAAAACCCGCAGUGUCAAAAAAAAAAAAAAAGAGGAGCGAGUGAGAUCUUUCGAGCGUGUGUGGAAGUAAUUUAUGGCAGUCUGUGUCUGGGAGUGACAGUGAAAGAGAUAACAGGCAAAUUUAUCGAUUUGUUUAUUUUCUCUUCAGAGGGAGCGGGCCUGUGUGUGUGUAUGAGGGAGGUGGUGACGGGAGGGAGAGAAGUGGGUUUGAAAGUAGGAUGAGGGGGUGUUAUGAGUGAGUGUGGAACUGGGUGGGAGGAGGCUGACUGGGGUUUAAGUGUGUGUGUGAGUGUGUGUGUGUGUAUUUGAGAGGGAAAGAAGGGGGAGGCGUGUAUUGAGGGUCUUGGAUUGGACCGUAAUCCUUUAGUCCUGGUUAGAAAUACCCCUGUGCAGUCUAGGACAAACAAUAUAACACACACACAUGCACACACACGCUCACACAAACAAUCACCAGUUUGCUUGGCUCUCCUUCUGAGUGGUGAGACAGGGUUUGGCUGACGUAACUUCAUCAUGACAAAAUGUCCUCGGUGGAAACUCGCUGAUUCACUUUAUGAGAAGGUUGGUUCUUUCUGUCACGUAGAAGUUACAUUUACAUACAUGAAGUAUGUUUGGUUUUGUGUGUUUGUAUGUGUGUUUGAGAGGGAGGGGCAGAGAGAAAUGCGUAGAUGUUUUGGUAGAGGUAAUGUUGUCUGCUCAGCAUUGCUAGUUUCAUCAUAUUCACCCUUUACUUUGCUUUGUUUGCAUUUGAAUGACCAAAAACACAUAAAACUGCUCUGUAGUUUGUAAGGAAAACAGAAAAAGGCUUCUGCAGCACCUCUAUCCUCCUCCUCCUCUUCUUCUGUUGGGUGCCAUGUGACAGCUGACACAUUCAGACUGGUUGUCAUAACUGAAUAACUCACUCCUGCUUUUCAUUCCCAACCAAACUCAAAAAAGCACAACAUGCUGCACCUCUAUGCACCAGAAUAGGAUUAAACUCACAGUCAUAGCAGAAUUUUACUCAUCAAUAAGUGUUCACAUGGUAAUGUUUAUUGUACAUUUGCUAUAGGUAAGAUUGCGUUGAGUUCAUGCAAAGUUCAAAAAGUAUAGUAGACAACUAUCAUAUUAUUUAAAUGCACUUAUUACUGUCUCGCUAAUAAACCGGGCAAGUUAAAUGCUUGAUUCUGAUUGGCCAAAAUCCCCAUCAAUCGUAAUGAGUUCUCAAUGGCAAAGGUGAUGCCUGGGGCAACCUAAUCACUCUUAUCAUAUCAAAUCAAUCUGCCUAAAGGCGUCCGGCGCAUUUCACCUCCACCUGUUGAAACUCUGGGGGGAAUGUUAGCUUCAUAUCGCUACAGUUUGGCAGACACAUUAGCUUCCAUUAGGACUUUAAAUACUCAGUAAUAUUGGGAACGAAAGAAGGGGAGGCAUGUAUUGAGGGUCUUGGAUUGGAUCAACUUUGAAUCCCUUAGGAAGCUAAUGUUUUUUACCAUGGACUGUAUACACUAUUGACAACUUGGCUCCACCUUCCGUCAUGAUAUGAAUUUGAAGCCGAUUUGCUCUCGGUAUUUCCGGGAUUUUCUCCACUUCCUGGAACCACCACUGGCGCAGUAGCAUUGUGUGCAUUUGGCGGGAGAGUCGCUGUGACACUCAACUCAAACAGCGUAUCCCCCGGGUGAGCUAUGCAAUCUUUGUACCCCCAUUGGCUGUAUCAAGUGUCAAUCAUAGAAAACUUGAACCCCUAAUAACUUUUAAAAAUGGAGCUGCACAGAAAAAAUAGGACUUGAGCACAAACUAGUCUUACAGUAACUACAUGUCAACUUCGCAAGCAGGGGGAGAAAAAUUUAUAUUCUGUGUGUUUAAUUUCUAAAGUUUGUCCACAGCUCCAUAUGGAUUGCUGUAGGAGGCGGGGUUUAUGACCUAUACUGCAGCCCAUCACCAGAGGGUGCUGUUCUCACGGUGGCUUCACCCAGCGAGGAGGCAGACGGCUUUCAUUCAGUCUAUGGUUUUUACUCAAACAUGAAGUGAAAUGUUCAGCUCAUUGUUUAUUGAGCCCACAAGUAUGUGCACAAGAGCCUGUUAGCAUAAAAGUGUAUUGUGGCACACUGCCAUGGCUAAAUAAAAGCCCCCACACCUUAAAAAUGAUUUUUUUUUUCUUACAAGGCUCUACUUCGGACUCAAAUGUAUCGGUGUAUGCGGUGUGCACGAGCGCUGCACCGUGGAGCACACGCGCCAUUAGCAUUAACGAGUUAUCACACAGCUGUUUAACUACAUCCCCCUUUUUUACACUCUUCCCUUUCUAAACCCUUAUUCAACGCCAUAUAUGUAACUUUGCUUAAAUUUAAACCAUGAUAGCACCAGUCAGAGCUUCACAUGAUACACAAAGACGACCUUUCCUCACAUAUUGGAAAAGACUGCCAGUGAGCGAGAUGUCAUAUAUGUUUAUAAUGGAGCAGCAUGAAAGGAAUGAAUAAGCAAGACUAUUACAUCCACAUUAGAAAGACGACAUUGAAGGGAAAAAGUAGCAGAAUCUUCAGAUUUAACGGCGCCCCCCCCCCCUUUUAUUGUCAGCUAUAUGAAAAAAAACACGAGGGCGAGCCAAAAUCUUUUCUCCCUGUCAUCAUUUGGUUUAGUACAGACCUGCUGCCAACUUCACUUUACUCAGCCUCUGCCAACACCAGCAUAUGGCAAACACACACACACACACACACACACACACACACACACACACACACACACACACACACACACACACACACACACACACACACACACACUCACUCACUCACACAGACGCAUGCAUGUAUUGUACACUCUGUUUUUCUGGCUCUGGGUCGUUGGAAACUGGCAGGCGCCUCAUAACGUUUGAAUGCAACAUCUAUAUGCAUGAAUGUGCUGUACUAACACUCACAAACAUAGUUACACUCACACACACAAAAAAGACACACAAAAACUGCUUGUAUGACAUUCAAAGCUCAGAAAAAGUCCCGGAUCAUCACAAUGCAGGUUAGUUUUCCCUGUGUUGUAUAGAAGAUACUCUUGCAAUGCUGCAGAUCUUGUUUUAAGGGAAAUGUGCAGUUUGGUUUUUUAGAGUUUGGGCAGGACCUAAAGUUUUUUUUUUCCCCAUUAGGAACAAAGAAGGCUAAAAUUAUUAUCUUUACUUCUUCUCAGCCAUCAUUUAGCCUCAUCCUUUGUUUCUGCUUCUCUGGUAAAUCUCUCACAACACAAAACAGUCAAUAAAAAUGACACAUAAUUGCUUUAUGUGUAUUCUUGAGUGUCAGUUUACCCCUUAAGAAUUUUAAUAGUUUAUCAAAAAAAUACUUAAAAAAUGACAAAGAGUGUGAAGAGUGUGGAGCUUUUAUCAUAUCCAAGUAUUUGUCUUUAUUUUUCACAUUAUUUUGGAUGCCUCCUCUGUUCAGACUGUGAAUAAUAAUAAGAAAACAGCCUCCAGUUAAAUUCUGCAUUCAGUGUCAUCUUGCAGGGGAAUCCAAAGCUGUUAAAAGUUACUGCUGCGUUUUACUAGUCGGGCCUUUUUGGAGCAAUUAGGGUUUUUUAUGAGAUGUGAAAACUCCCACUGAUUGGUUUUGUGGCUGUAAUGUUGGGCUGCACAAGUCACAGGGGGGAUUUUGACCCUCCCCUACUUGUUAAUUUAACUUUUUCUAGUGUUUGGGUGUAUUCUGUUCACACAUCUGCACCCCCCUCAUUGUUUUGCUUUGUCUUUGUGUUUUUAUCUGCAGUACGACCCAGACAACUCAGGCUUUAUCAGCACAGAGAGGUUCAGGGAUCUGCUGGCAACACACGGCUCUGAGCUCGACCCACACAAACUGGAGGUCCUGUUAGCCCUAGCUGAUGGAAACGCUGAUGGAAAGAUCUGCUACCAAGACUUUGUCAACCUGGUAAGAUGUUGUUACUCGAUGACUCCAUACUUUGUGUCCUCAAUCUCUCUACACUUCUUCCAAUAUCAGUAUAUCUAAGAAAUAAUCAAACAAUCUUGUGAGGAGUCCCAGUGGAGUCCCAGAGUCCCAGUCCUGAAUCGAACUGUAACCCCUUUAUCCAAAAGUGUGACUGUCCGUUUGCCCGGUCAAAGGCAGAAGCAACUUUAUGUUGUAAUGUUGCAACAAGGGGCGGCACAGUGGUGUAGUGGUUAGCUUUGUCGCCUCACAGCAAGAAGGUCCUGGGUUUGAAUCAGGAUCAGGGCGUUUCUGUGUGGAGUUUGCAUGUUCUCCCUGUGUCUGCGUGCGUUUACUCCGGGUACUCGGGUUUCCUCCCACAUCCCAAAUACAUGCCUAAUAGGGGUUAGGUUAAUUGGCCACUUUCAAAUUGCCCGCAGGUGUGAAUGUGUGCGUGGAUGGUUGUUCGUCUCUAUAUGUCAGCCCUGCGAUGAACUGGUGACUUGUCCAGGGUGUCCCCUGCCUUCGCCCGAAGAUGCUGGGAUAGGCUCCAGCCCCCCCGCGUCCCCGAUAACGGGAAUAAGCGGUAGAAAAUGGAUGGAUGGAUGGAUGUUGCAACAGGCUGCUAGUUGCAUUUGUUGCAUCGAGUUUUAUUCGAUUGAUUUGAAUUUAGUUUAAUUUAAGCAACUGUAUUAAAACCCUCAGGGGAGCAGUUUGUAAAUGUAAUGGGGCACUCACAUCAAGCACGAGUAAAAUCAUCCACUCACUUAUUUCACGCAAAUCUAGACGCGUGAAAUAAAUAGUAUUUACUCGCUUCAUUCAAAUAGAUAAUUUAAAUGAAGCAUUAUCAACGGUAAUUUCAACAGUAAUCCCAGGUGUUUUACAAUUUACCAGGUAAUAUGACCUCCUCCCAAACUUACCUCCAUGCAAGCUUUUUCAGCUCCUGCCCAUUUUGCAUCAUUGGCGCCGCUAGAGUAGUACGAGCGUCUGAUCUCGUCUUUGCGUUGACUUAACAUGUAAUUCAGUUGCGCAAAUGAUUUUCCUCGCGCCUGGUGUGUGGAGGCAGUAAGACUAAGCAUUAGUUUGGACUUGAGUUUAGUUGAAAAUAACCCCCUGAAUUACAAAAGCGAUACAAUAAAAUGCGUGCUUUCAAUCGGCUUAUUAUAUUUGUGGGAAAGCUUAUAGUUUGAGUUGGACUUUCUGUAGAUAUUAAAGUUUGACAAGCAGGAUUGUGAAGUGGACAAAGGUUGCAAAAACCCAGCUCAGAUUCCAAAAACAAAGGUCACACGAAAAGAAAAUCCCACAUUUGAUUGUUGAAAUUUAUUUGCUGUUUAUAUUUUUGUGCAUUUUUGUCUUGAAUGGAUGGACCAGCAAAAGAGGAACAGGAAAUGUGGGGAGUAGAGAGUGGGGGGAAGACAUGCAGCAAAGGAUCAUGGCCAGGAAAUGAACCAGAGACCACUGUGAUGCAGACUAUAGUAGGGCUGUCCCAAUACGAUAUUGAUAUUGGUCCGAUCCAGCAUGCAGAGCCCAUGUGAUCACAACAACAGCAUGUACUAAAGUACUAACAAAUUAGCAAGGAGUAGGAGAGAUGUCGCUUGUGUGGCAGUAUUUUUCGUUAAAGUUCGUAAAAGUCAUUGCAGCUGAGCGCAAAACUUGUCAAGCCCAAGUUUGUGCCAAUAUCGGAUCAAUAUCGGUAUCGGCCGACACUGAAGGCUUCAAUGUCGGUAUCGUAUCAGAAGUGAAAACGUUGAAUCGGGACACCCCUAGACUAUCGCCUCUAUAUAGGGGUGUCUAGAUAACUCGGCCUUUGGGUUCCUGAUUGUUGACGUGUUAUCAAAUGAUAUUUAAUUUUGUACAGAUAUCCCUCAGAGCGUUUUUUUUGGACCUGGUCUUUGAAUUAAGGCUUCAAAAAAACUAACGUCUAACUUUUGUAAUAAUUUUGCCUGGUCUCCAGUCACGCACCGUUUAUUUUUCACAUCGUCUCCCAGAGCCACAUUGGAGGUCAUCCUGAUAGAAAACAACUCUCAGAUUGAUGAUAAAUUUCCCUCUUAACACUCACCUUCCUCCACUUUCACUCUCACCUUCAGACUGCAGCUUCUGCCGCUGAUUGUCCAAGGCCUCAUUCGAGCAUCUCCAGCUGCGCUCACAGCCACAUAACCCUCUCAUUUUCUGUAUUCCUCUGUGUCACUGCUUUUCCUCUUGGGAGGCUGAAAUGCUGACCCCAGACAGUGUGAAGGGGUCCCUGGUGAACAAUAACUGGGUGGCUGAGGGACGGAUCAGGGUGUGUGUGUGUGUGUGUGUGUGGGUGUGUCUGUAAGAAAUUCAUUGUUGUCUGUGAGUGUGAACAUGUCCAUCUCUCCCCUCCACUCUUGUUCUUCAGAGCUGUUCAUUGUCUGGUACCGUGGGCGAGGAAUGAGGUCUGUGGGGAGCUUAGAAAAAUGUCAAAAGGGCUUUUUGCACAUUAACUUUGCUAUUGGUGCAUUUAGGUCAGGUGACAGGCUGUGGCGUGCAACUGGAAGUGGGACAAAGAGGACUGGGGUAGCUGGCAUGUGUGUGUACUCUUAUUUUCUUUUACAUUGGGGCUAUUGUGCCCACCCCCCUUGGUGUUUUAUAGAUUCAUAGAGGCAGUAAAGGAAACAACAGAGGCUGAACACUGACAGCAGUGGGGGGUACAUGCAUGUAUGAAUAUAGUAAUUUGCCAUUUACUGAAUGAAUAAGACCUACAAUUGGUUAAAUGUUGAUUACUUUAAUAGAUGGGUGAAUUAUUAUUCAGCUACAAUGGGAAGAUUUUCCACUUUUCUUUGUCUUCCUGUGGAGUAGACUGAAUUAUUUUGAAUUCUAGGAAUUAUUUGGUCAAAACAAACAAUUUUCAAUACUUUGUCCCUGACUUUCAACCAAAGGGAAGUUUUUUUGUUGUUGUUAUUGUUGCUUUUUUCAUGAAUCUUGUAAUCCUGAACUUGGAAUAUAAGAAGAUAAAUGGUGAAAAUGUGCUCAAAAGACAAGUCAAUAAACAAUUAACUUUAUGUGCACAAUUCACAUUUACUUUUACUUGUUUUUUUCAACAGGAGAUUAGAAGAAAUAAUGAACAUAAAUGUAGUAAUGAAAUAUUUUCUUCAAAAGGAAGUCGGAAGAAGCAGCAAUUUAAAGAUAUAAUCUUAAGAUAUUUUUUUUACAGUGUUGUUUUUUUCCCUUUUUGUACCUCUGUACUUCACAGAUAAAUAUUGUGAUGUAAGAAAAUCCUCAUCAUUGUUUUUUGUGGACUAAAAGGAAUACUCAAACUAAUCAAAAGUUGUAAUUCACUAAUAAAAGAGGUUAUUUAAGUUUAGGAAGUACCUCUGUUUCAGCAAACAGGAGUCUGCUAUUCAAGACUUGAUUAAGACUUAUGUGGAGACUUUAGUGCUCUGUGAAAGACUUUCUCAGAAAGCUAAUAUUAUUAAAUGCACAACAAACUUUCUUGUCCCAGUGCAAUUUAAACUUAUAAAAACACACAUUUGGAAUUGACCCACAGCCCUACAAAUGUGGUUUACAUUUAACAUGAUGACCAACAUGGGGUGACUGACUCUGUGGUAGAGGUGGUCUCUCUAAAUUAAAGAGUUAAUGUAGGGUUAGAUCCCAGGUCCCACUGUCCACAUGCUCAAAGAGUCUAUAGACAGGACACUUGACCAUAGACUGUAUAUAGAAUGGAUAGAGUCUGCCUCCUUGCUGGGUGAAGCCACUUCGAGAACAGCACCCUCUGUUGACAGGCUGCAGUAUAGGUCAUAAAUCCCGCCUCCGCCAGCAAAGCUUAUGGGGCUGUGGACAAACUUUAGAAAUGUAUUACACAGAACAUACAUUUUUCUCCCCCCUGCUUGUGAUGUUGACAUGUAGUAACAGUAAGACUGGUUUGUGCAGCACUGGUUUCAGGAAAUGAAGUAAAAUCCCGUAAAUACCGAGAGAUUUUUGGCUUCAAAUCCGAAUACAGGCGGUAGGCGGAACCAAGUUAUCCUUAGUGUAUACAUUCUAUGCUCUUGACCCACAACCUGAUCCUGCUGGUCCCAUCAUGUCCUUUGAGUUUUGACAUGAAGAAUUAACUAGUUAUUUUAUUCUGAUGCACAGUCAGAACAAACCCUGAAUUUGUAGUUGCAAUGCUGUGCUGCAGCUUCAUCUCUGCAAACUGAUAACCAACUUGACUUAAAUUCUUUAGAUUCAUAUCUAGGUGAUGCCUCGUUAAAUGCUUUAAUGGAUUUGUAGUGUUUGAAACAUUAUUUUACCUCCACGCAGCACGUCUUGCAAAUGUCUUUUCUUUAGCUAUUCUCUGUCUUGAGAGUUUGUGCUUUAAGGUUUGUCAGCGCCUUCAGUGAAGCAGCUCUACACUCACCGGCCACUUUAUUAGAUACACCUGUCCAACUGCUCGUUAACACUUAAUUUCUAAUCAGCCAAUCACAUGGUGGCAACUUAGUGCAUUUAGGCAUGUAGACAUGGUCAAGACAAUCUCCUGCAGUUCAAACCGAGCAUCAGUAUGGGGAAGAAAGGUGAUUUGAGUGACUUUGAACGUGGCAUGGUUGUUGGUGCCAGAAGGGCUGGUCUGAGUAUUUCAGAAACUGCUGAUCUACUGGGAUUUUCACGCACAACCAUCUCUAGGGUUUACAGAGAAUGGUCCGAAAAAGAAAAAAUAUCCAGUGAGCGGCAGUUCUGUGGGCGGAAAUGCCUUGUUGAUGCCAGAGGUCAGAGGAGAAUGGCCAGACUGGUUCGAGCUGAUAGAAAGGCAACAGUGACUCAAAUAACCACCCGUUACAACCAAGGUAGGCAGAAGAGCAUCUCUGAACGCACAGUACGUCGAACUUUGAGGCAGAUGGGCUACAGCAGCAGAAGACCACACCGGGUGCCACUCCUUUCAGCUAAGAACAGGAAACUGAGGCUACAAUUUGCACAAGCUCAUCGAAAUUGGACAAUAGAAGAUUGGAAAAACGUUGCCUGGUCUGAUGAGUCUCGAUUUCUGCUGCGACAUUCGGAUGGUAGGGUCAGAAUUUGGCGUCAACAACAUGAAAGCAUGGAUCCAUCCUGCCUUGUAUCAACGGUUCAGGCUGGUGGUGGUGGUGUCAUGGUGUGGGGAAUAUUUUCUUGGCACUCUUUGGGCCCCUUGGUACCAAUUGAGCAUCGUUGCAACGCCACAGCCUACCUGAGUAUUGUUGCUGACCAUGUCCAUCCCUUUAUGACCACAAUGUACCCAACUUCUGAUGGCUACUUUCAGCAGGAUAAUGCGCCAUGUCAUAAAGCUGGAAUCAUCUCAGACUGGUUUCUUGAACAUGACAAUGAGUUCACUGUACUCAAAUGGCCUCCACAGUCACCAGAUCUCAAUCCAAUAGAGCAUCUUUGGGAUGUGGUGGAACGGGAGAUUCGCAUCAUGGAUGUGCAGCCGACAAAUCUGCGGCAACUGUGUGAUGCCAUCAUGUCAAUAUGGACCAAGCUCUCUGAGGAAUGCUUCCAGCACCUUGUUGAAUCUAUGCCACGAAGAAUUGAGGCAGUUCUGAAGGCAAAAGGGGGUCCAACCCGUUACUAGCAUGGUGUACCUAAUAAAGUGGCCAGUGAGUGUAUAUCCUGCCAUGUUUGGCCUCACACAUAGCAGAAUCUCACUAGAGCCAAAGGUCGAUUCAAAUUGGUUUAAUUCUAUCAUGAUGUUUAAAUAAUUGAUUCUUUUUUACCUAUCCUUAGUACCUUAAUGUUAGCCAAGAGUUAUAAUUCUUCCAACAAGUUCAUGAGCAGAACCCAGCAUUUUUUUUUUGUGUGUGUUUUUUUCUCUCCGGCCCGUCUGCCCUCGGAAGCAGAGAAAAGAAGAAAAAGGAGGAAUAGAAGGAGAGAAGAGGGCCAGGACAGACAGAGACAAACUGCAAGGGCUUUAUUUGUCACACCAUCUUUCCUUUGCACCGCAGCUCUUCCAUCAGUGUGAUUGUCAGUAAUUGCCUUCUCACAGCUCUGUCACAUUAGACGUUCAAAUCACUGCUCAUUUCCUCUCUUAACCUCCUCCCUUCUCCGUCCUCUGUCCUUCUCUACCUCCUCUCUCUUUCCUUUAUGUAAGCUCCUAACUUUUUUUCCAACAUUGUUCUUUCCUUAUCUGUCCCUUUCCUCUUUUUUUCUUCAUGGCCAUCCAUCUCCCUCUGUCUGAAUUUCUCACAUAGAUCAAACAUCCUGGGUAGAGAAUGGCUCUGAAAUCAGAUUAAAGUUCCCAAAAUAUCCACAGACAGGUUGAGAUGAUCUGUUUUUGUCCCUUAUGGGACAGAACUGGGGAAAGAUCACGAUGCAUUCAUCUCAGCACUUACAGGUGCGCUGUCAUUUGUCCUGUUUUGGGGUUCUGUAUGAUCUGCUUUGGCUUGAAAGUUGGGCUGGGCAUUAAACCGAAAAUUUACCGAUACCGAAAUAUACGACAAUAACCAACGUCUUUUUGCCCAUAUCGAUAUAUUCGGUGUCAAAAAAUAAAUAAAGAAAAGUUGGUUUUGGAUGUGUGUAGGUAGGCUAUGGUCUCAUGUCCUUUUAAGACGCUGUCUUCCGUCAGAGACGUGACUCCACCCCAUCCAGUCCAUAACAAAGAGGGAAAGACAGGUGAGGAGAUGGAGGACGGUUCAAAAGUUGUAGCAGCUGGAGCGGCGGCUGAAGUAGACGAAGUUAAUGUGGGAGGGGGUGAGCAGCAUGUGGAUUUCCAUUUAUCGUUAUUGAGGUGAACUGCUCAAUAUAUCAUGAUAUUGAUUUGAGGCCAUAUCGCCCAGCACCACUUAAAAUGAAAAGUAUUUAAACGUUUCUUGUAUUUUGCAUGGUUUAGACUGCGCUUCUGCAGUUUAUACAGAUAAAAUGGAUAAUAUUUUGUGUCAAACUGACUCAUUCAUUCAUCCAUUCAUAUAUUUAUUCAUUCAUUAAGCUUUUGUGCCUGUGUUCAGAGAGGACAAGUAAGUGACCAGAACAGGAAACCACGGAGAGAGUGUGCCAUGCAGAAAAGGACCUGUAGGUCAAAAUUAGGAGUGUCCCCAUACGACUUUUUAACUUCUGAUACGAUACCGAUUUUGUAGCCUUCAGUAUUGACCAAUAUUGAUUGGCACACAAUUGUGCAUGACAAGUUUUUCUCUCAGCUGUAAUGUCUUUUUUGGACUUAAACAAAAAAUACUGCCACAAUGCCAACAUCACUCCUCCUCCUUGGUACUUUGUUAGAAUCUUAGUACACACUGUUGUUGUGAUUUUGUGGGUUCAGCAUGCUGGAUCAGGGCGCUGCUAGAUAGAGGUGUUGGUGUGGAGAAUGGAAUGGACUGCUUGUAUCGGAGUGCUGAUAUCUGAGAUUUUAGAUGCAGGUCGAUAUAAUCCGAUUUUCGUUUUUUUGCUGAUAUCAGACCGAUAUCUGAUAUCAAUAUCAUAUUGGGACAGCCCUUGUCAAAAUCAAACCUGUGCUAUCUCCCUGAGAACCAUAGCACUGCACAUAGGUUCAUAUCUCAACCGCCAGGCCUCCUGGUUUUGUUACCCCCCCCCAGUCUUACUCAGAGUGCAGCUCACAGCCGUGCUAUUUGUGUUCUGAAUGAAUGCUUAUGCUGUGAUGGCCAAAUAGAACAAAACUCUGCAGCUUUGUUACAAAACCAAAGCCUAUACUUUGGCAAAUGGUUGUAUUACUCAAGUGCCCACAGGUUAAUGGUGUAGUGAAUGUCUGUGAUAAAGCCAGUUUAGUCCGGUAUGCUUCUUUUCUUUUCUUCUGCAUUCCCUCGUCUGUUUCUUUUUGUAGGUUUCCACCUCUCUUUCUGUCUUUAGGUCGGUCUUUUCAUUGAUCAAACUGUGAAAUUGUCUCUCGCUGGAUAAACACCCAUUUGUCCCCUUCACCUCCUCAGUUCUCUCUCUCUCCUUUUUUUGCCAGUGGGUAAACAGACACAGUGUCACUCUGUCUUUUGUGUUGUACAAAGAGCAGAGGAAUUGCAGUCACUUCACACGAAGAAUUGACUGUCUUUAUGGAGCACAGCUGCCCAGGGGAGGUCUGUGCGUUUGUGUGUCUGUGUGUGACUGUGUCGGUGUUUUCACUCUUCCUGGUGUGCAGUCUGGAAGUGGCCAUGGUAACCCGCAAUCACUUUCCCACAGCCCUGACAUAAAGGCUGAAAUAAUUGGCUCCUUCUGAAGUUUAUCUCCAAACAGUGAUACAUGCAGAGUCACCAGAAGUCUCACUAAACAGAGCCGGAGGAAAAAUCCGCCCGCUGUUCAAAGGCAGAUUUUAUUGAUAUUCUCUUUCACAUCUGUCGUCUCAUACUUUUUUCUCCUUCUUGAAUUUCUUGCUUUGACUUCCGAAAUCAGUCAGAGAGAAAAACCCAUUUGUUCUGAGAUGUGUGAUGGUUUUUGAAAAACAACUUCUAUACUUCCCUGAUUGGUCUGUGCUUGUUAGUUUGCAUGCAACUGUUAGUUCAGACUUGGCAAAUGAGAUUCAACAACCACCAGCCACAUUUACAUGGGCAAAAUGUCUUUAUCCAAUAAAAAAAAUUGAGGGAUUGGAUAAUCUGAAUCUGAAUUAUUCAGAUUAGAAGCAUUUGGACAUGCGCAGAGUUCUCUGAUUUUGCUAAAACAACCGCAGAAGAAGAAGAGUUGUGUUUAUGCCUGAGCUGUCAACAAACCAACAAAUGCGGUAGAGGCUCACUCCAUCCAAUUCAAGAGUUUUCCCCCUGUUAAAUGUUGUCACUAGGUGGCACCCUUGCGUACUUAUUUUGCUGUUCUGUCAAAGGUUGCACGGUGUGUGUGCAAAUGUGACAUGAGCAUGCUUAGAGAUGCACCGAUCCGUUUUUUCCCGAUCCAAUCCGAUACCGAUACCUGGGCUGAGCAUAUCUGCCGAUAUCCGAUAUCGAUCCAGUUCUACUGUUGAAUGAAUGAACUGUAUACCUUACACUGUGAGUGGAGGCCUCGGGCUUGACAUUAGCCUUUUUAAAAAAAGGUAACAAAUUAACACAGGUAUACAUUGACUUAAUAUUAUUUAUUAACAAAUAACAAAUUGCACAUUAGCACACACCAAAAAGAAGGAAGAAUUCUAUGUAUUAAAAGAAAAAUUAAAAGAAAAAAAGACUGGAUUGGAACGCUGGAUCGGCAUCAUUCAUCAGAUAUCUGAUCCAGUUUAUUUGUCAAUAUCGGAGUCUAUAUCUGAUCCAAAUAUCGGAUCGGCGCAUCCCUAAUUGCGCUGUAUGUACGUCUUGUUCUGUUACCAGCGGAGCAGACACCUUCGGUUGAAUGUUAAUGAUGAAACCUCCUGUACUGACCUCAAUAAAUAAGCCAAAAACUAAAGAGUGAAGAUCGAGUCAGGUAAUAAAGUCACAAUCGGAAUAAGUGUUUACAUGGACACGUUUCGGAAUAACGAUCGGCAUAAACCACCCCUCUUGAUCGGAAUACAAUUUCUUUCCGAAUGAGCCGAAUUGGAUCAGGACCUCCUGAUCAACGUCUACAUGACGCAUUUUUAUUCCUAUAGUUUGUGCUCAUGUAAACGCAGCUAGUGAAACAUCUUAAAUUAGCGUAACUCUGCCUCAGUCAACCGUUCUGACUACUUGGAGUUUAUAUCCCAGCAAAUUAGUUUGUGUAGAUCAGGAAGUCACAAAGGCAACUACUGUACUCCAUUUACAGAUGAUUAGCAUGACAUGAUAAGAAGCAUCUGGAGUAGGGGGGGGGGGUGGCCUUGUGGUCUGAAGGUCGCACUCGCUGGUUUGACUAUUUCACUUCUUCCUUCACUCUUGGCUCCCCUAAUUUCUGGUCUGUUUUUUUACUGUCCUCAUUAUCCGGUUUAACAACCAAAAUGAUCAACAUCUGUCGAGAUCCUCCGUCACCACUCAAAUAGACUUCCAAAUGUCCGAAGAAACUCCUCAUAGAGGGAUGUAAAGAAGGAUUUGUAGGUUGCUAGGUGAUGAUAAAUGGCAUUCUGUUACCAUGAACAAGUUGGGAGGGGCCUAAACCGGAGGAAUGGUAUGUGUUUGUGAUUGCGAAUGGUGUUUACCAAGAGUACCCAUGAGAAGAGGCUGCAGCUGUACAUGGAGAAGUUCAUGAAUAUAAAUUAAGAAAUGAGACAUCUUGGAUUGUUCUGUAAGAGGAAUCUGCAGAAUAACAAGAUGGACAAUAAUGUUCAAACGUGCAGACUAGAUAGAAAAAGUCUAAAUUCUCUUUUGUCCUUUCUAUUUCUUUACUCUUGCUUCUCUUUCUCCAUUCCCUUACAUAAUCACCUUCAUUCCUUUCCUCUCCUCCUUUCUCUAUUCCCUAGAUGAGUAACAAGCGCUCGAACAGUUUUCGAAGGGCCAUCCUGCAGGGUAGCAGGCAGCUGAAAGGCUGCAGUCUCAGAGAUGAAGUGGGCUUGGGGCUGCCCCAGCGACUCGUCCGGCAUGUGGCCUAUGAGACGCUGCCCCGCGAGGUCGACCGCAAGUGGUACUUCGACAGCUACACCUACUGCCCACCUCCCUGGCUCAUCCUGGUUAUCACUAUAGCUGAGGUAAUUAUGUAGGACUGGAAAGCCAAUGUGGUUUAUACUUCAUCGCCUCUUAUACCACACAUUUUUUACCACUUGUAUGUAAUGCAAGACGUACCACAAAGAAAAGAAAGAAUAUUAAACUUACCAUGUUUAAUUUGUCUUUGUUUUUGUCUAUCUGUGCUGCCGCAGGUUGCUGUGUUCAUGUAUUACGGGUUCCAGCUGGACCGCCUAGUCCUGCAGGUGUCCAGCCCGUCUUUCUUAAAGAGCCCCUUACCUUACCACCCCCAGUUGCGAGCCCAGGCCUGGAGGUACUUCAGCUACAUUUUCAUGCACACGGGGUGAGUUCACAUCACAUCACUGGUUUCUAAUUAUGUGCGUUAAGCUGUGCUGCACUUUCCAGGGACACAGUUUGGCGUUUUUUUUUUCUCUCCCUGUCAGCAGCACCCACAUUUUGGAUGCAGGAAACAUCUCAAUGACUCUUUUUUUUGCAUGACCUGAAUUCUUCCUCUGCAGUUUGGUAACUUUAGCCUUGUGACUCAGGCAGUAAUUUAUAGUCAUUCUGUGUAAUGAUGACAACAAACUACAGGUGCUACAUAUCUGUGAUGUCUCAGCAGGUUUGAGUUUAUGGCAUCGGAAAACUUCAAUGAGUCAGCGCCUGUUGCAUAAGGUUUUAAUCAACAAAAAUACACUGCUUAAUUAAUUUUCAGUGGAACACACUAGCUGAAGGGGAUUAUACUCUUUUAGUCAUGAAGGGAAAAUGCAGAUAAGCCAGAGGAGUAAUGGGAUUUUGCAGAAACGAGGGACUGAACGCUGCUAAUGAGUCUUUGGAUGCAGUUCAUAAUUCUUAGUUAAUUCACUUUACCUAAAGUUACAAAACAAAUAAGCUAGUUACGAAUAAUCAGACGAGCUCCCUGGAAGAAAAAGGUUUAAACAAGCAAUAAUUAUAGGAUUAUUGGUGUCGUUUGUAAAAACUGCAGUCAUAUUUUUUAUCUAUUUAUUUUUAUUUUUAUUUUCAUUUUUAUUUAAUUUUAUUUUAUUUUACUUUUCUUCUCCCUUUUUCCUUUUUAUAAUUUUUUUCUUAAUUAUUACAUUUAUUUAAGUUCUUAAUAUUAGGAUCUUUAUUUUUAUAACUGCAUUUUUGCACUCUUUGUCUGUGAUGCUGCUGUGACAAAAAAAAUUUCCCCCAUGGGGGAUCAAUAAAGGAAUAUUCUAUUCUGUUCUAUUCUAUAUCUAAGUCCAGGGCAUCUUUUUCUUUUUAACUGCUCAAAACCUCCAAAAUAUUGAUCGUAGAUAAUUCUGUGAAACCUAAAGGCUUCUUCAACACUUCUUUUUCUCCUCUCUGUCAGACCCUUUUAUUAUCAGCUCAGGCCAGGUCACCCGGGUUUAAUUAUCCUUCUGGGUAAAUGUAGUCUCAGGCAAUAGUGAGAGGUAAUAAAAUGGUAAUUUAAUUAGGAGAACCUGGAGUUGCAGAGCUGUCAGAGGAGAAGGGGAUGACAGUGUCUGGAGAAAAGAUGAAGUAGGAGGAACAUAUGAAAAGACAAGAGGACAUGGAGUGUCAUGUUUAACAUGCACUGAUUACACAAGGACAAAAUGAGUGAUUUCAGUAGGGAUGGGCGUUUCAAACAAGAGCGCCAUUCAAUAUCCGCUGGUAACUAUUCAAAAAAUAUUUGAAGAUCAUUAUUUGCACUGCGCGUUGAUCAUCAAACUUACUUCUUCAGGUGAUGAAGUUUGACAUCGACUGUUGAUCUGUGCACAGCGCCAUACUUUCAGCUCUCAAAUGGCUGUGCAUACAUGUUGAUUUGUGAUAUGCUAGUUUAACCUCGCAGAGUUUGCGAAAAGUGUAAAAAAUGGAUGGCUGGCUCAUAAUGGAACCUUUGGUGUGAUGGUGCAGAUUAACAACAGUCAUUACACCCUGACUUGCCUAACUGGUUCAGUUCAUUUACUAAUGGUGACAUCUUAAAGUCCCAAUCUGAUCAUUUUGUUUUUACUUCUUAAAGUGUUAUCUGUGCUCUUUAAAUUGUGAUUAUGAAGUUUUAAGCCAAAAUCAUGUUACUUGUGUUACUUGUGUAUUCGCCUCUGAGUCGUGGGCGGAGAUGACUCUGCACACUCCUCUUCGUGUUAGCUUGUGGCCUAACAUUGCCAGUGUAGUAGAGGAAGCAGGUAACAUAGGAUCUAUUCAGCUCUUGGAUACUAAUGUCUUUGGGGACAUGAUGUAAAUUUAUAUCAUGAUUAGCUUUCUUGCGAGCAUUGCAAUCCGCUAACGCACACUCCUGUUCUGUGAUUGUCCUCUCUACUUUUCCAAUUGUGGCCUGCAUAGCAGAGCUUGGAUUUGCUACGUAGAAAAUCUCACUCUGUCUGAACCUGCCGUUUUGGUCUGCCAAAGAUUCACAGCGAUUUGAAUGCAGAAAUACUCAGAAAUUGAAUUUUGUACUUACUUUCUCAAGAUAUGUCCUGUAGCAUCAGAAAAAUGCCAAAUGAACAUGUAGACAACAAGAAAAACCUGAUUUCCACCAGAGUGGGUCUUUAAAGACCGUUAUGGUGAGGUCUUUUUUAGAAGAUAAAUUAGGGCACUUUUGAUAUGUUUAAAAUCCCUUGGGGAGUUUAAAGGGGUGAGUAUGCCGGCUUAUAUAGGCCAUACAACAAGUGUAAUUAAAACGUCUUUAAUCUUAUCCCUAACAUAUUCUCCUGACUGAGUGAGUUCAUGUUUGGUGACUUAAGGGAAAGAGAGUCAGACACCAUGAGUCACUAACAGAAACAUUAAAGGUCAAAGAACUGACAUGGAGAGCAGUGCUGUGUGUGCACUGAUCCACUACAGGCGAAACUUUCACUCUGUCACACCAACACACAAACAGAUUCUCUCAUGCAUAUCUAUAAACCACAUAAUCCCAUCAAAAGCUCAGUUAAACUGAGCCCUCCCAAUUCUCAACACCAGAACAGAGUGUAAAUAUUGUCUCCGAAACAUUUCUCAGUAGAGCAUUUACACAGACGCACUUUAGCACUCUCUCUUUCUCUCCCUCUUUCUCUUUCUCUUUCUCUUUCUCUUUAGCACACUGAGUCACACACAAAAUCACUGUGUCUGCAGCAGCUGUAAAAACUUCAGGGAGAUUAGCUUCCUGCAACAUUAAACCCUGAUCCUAAUGACUCUGAUGGGAAAAAUUUCCUUCUCAGUUGCAUUAUUUUGUCUUGCCUUUUUUCUCUGUAUCUCAUAAACAUUAGUAGUUUAUCCCAAAAUGAUGCAUUGCACUGUCAACAUAAAACCAUCACAGACUUUCCCACCACCACAGACUUCAGAUAGUGCACUGUGCGGCAAACUGGGCUAAUUGUUACGUUCAGCUGCAGUUUGACAAACCACUGAUGAAAAAAAAGCCCGAGAUUAAACAGAGCUUUUGUUGAUCUCUCUGGAGGAUCAUGGUCAUCUGGACACAAAAGGACCUCUUGUGGGUAUCGGCACAUCUGCCUGACAGUGCAGACCGACUCUCAUGGCCUCAUUAGCAGCACUGAAAUAGAUAGCCGUUGUUAUCUGGUGUGGAGUUGUCCUUCUGCGUUACGACGGGCCUCUUGCAGCUAAUCAAUAUCCCGUUAUUGUCUCUCUGAUCACUGGAACGAACCUCUUUGUCUGCAUUGUGGUUGAGGUGGCUGGGCUGUUUCAAACUAAAUAGAUUGUCGGCCUCGUCUCGUUUUUCAUGUCAGUGGUAGGAAAAUGAUGUGUGUUUGUUUGUUUGGUUAUGGAAGCUUUGUUUGCAUUUCCAAGAUGCAGAAGCUGAAAAAUCAGAUCCGUUGCCUUUCUUGCCGUCAGCCAAUCUUAACCAGACAAUGACGAGAAAACAGGAAAUGAGGAGUGAUUGGAGCGAGAGAGUCGGUGAUGAGGACUACAAUGAGAGAGAAAGGCUGGAUUAUGCUAGUCUCUGUCCUUUUGGAUUAUACUGUGACACAAGAUUCAAUAUGUGCCAAUGUGUGUGUCUGUGUGUUUUUAUUCUGCUUGUUGGGCUUUGACUGAUCAUGAAGGGACAGUGCAUGUGCGUUUAUGUGUGUGUGAACUCCUUUUAUGUGUUCAUCACACUUAAACACACUAUCCCAUGUGUGAAAUGGGGUUAUGUUCCCGUCUUCUUCCUCCUUUUGUACCCGUGAUUAUGUGCGAUUUUGUCAAAUUGUGUGUGAGUGUGUGUCUCUGUCUGUGUUCAUAUGUAACAUUCAAGUGCACUGGAGUGUGCUAAUGAUAAUCUGUUGAUACCCGUGACUGUGUGUUUUGAUGAAGGAGCAGAUGUUCUGUGUGUGAGUGUGUUUAUGAUAAGGCGUAAUAAUACUGUCUUAAAGAAACAGGUGAUUUUGAGUUUUGUUGGUUGAUGAUUUUACCGUUACGACUUUUUAAGACAUUGACACAUAAUGAUUUCGUUUAGGAGUAUGAAGUGUUUACUCAACCUGAUCCAAACAGACUAUUUGUUGUCAUAUCUCUGCUGUUGUUGCUCAAAGGAGAGCGUCUUUCUCUUACUUUUUGUGUGUAUUUAUGGUCCUGUCUGUGUGCCAUCAUUAUAGUCUGAGGUAUCUUGUUUUCCUCCCUGCUGAAAAAGACAUUACCCAUCAGUCACUCUUGCACAGUGGGAAAAAAAAGACUGCCAUCCCACUUAACAGAAACCACAGAAUCUGAUUUUGUCACAGUUUCUGUUUUAUCAUUGUACGGUGCCAGCUCCGAGUAUGUUUCCUGUCAAUCAUCCACAUUUUACCCAGGGGAGAAAAUGUUAUCUGUUCAGUUUUUUUUUCCAAUUAUAUAUUAAUGUUGGGCGCAUUUUCAUUAUUUUCAAGCUGCUUCUUGUCUUAAGUUUGCAUAAAAGUCUAAUAAAGUGUCCCUUAGCUUCAAAAAACAUUGUGGAAAUGUCAUGUUUCUGUUACAUAUGCAGUGCUGAUGUGCAAAAAAUUCGAAAUAAAUGUCUAGACGGAUUUUUUUAAGCAAUUAAGUUGUAACUUUUACAACUCAAACAUGCAGAUUUUUCUUCCAACAGCCAUUAAUUACAGUCCUUUCAUUUGCUCCAAAUCAGAACAAAUUCUGCAUUAAUGGUGCUGACAUAUUGUGCUGCAGUAAAGGAGCAAUCUGGCUGCUGUCAAAACCUAAGCACAUGUUUAACUAACUGAAAAACUGACUAAGCAGACACCUGUGCUUCUGGAAAGUUCCUUGUGAUAUUUUUUUCUCUCUCUUUCCCCUCCUAUACAAUCUAAUCUGGUAGAGAGAUGAGAGCCCACAUUUGUUGAAAACGAUCAGGAUGUGCAUACCCUCUUUUUUCCAUCAAAUAACUAAAAUUAGAUUUAAAAAACGAACACUAACACAUUAAUCAACCAACUAACAAGAUAGAGACUAUGACAGAUGAGUAAGCUAACCAGUCAGGAAGGAAAACUCUGUAAGUUAUCACCAAUUGAGCCAAUUGAGCGAACUGUUGUGCUGUCCGUGUUUCUACACAGUACAUGUGCCUGAUAGGGUUUAUUCACACUAAUUAAAAAACAAUUACCCAUCUUCUAAACUACAUUCACAGGAUUUUGGUUAUGGCUAGGGCUGGGCGAUAGCUGAAAAUUUGGCAGAAAAUUUACCGAUACCUAAAUUUACGACAAUAACCAAUGUCAUUUUGCCUAUAUCAGUAUAUUCGGUGUCAAAAAAUAAAUAAAUAAAAGUUGGUUUUGGAUGUGUGUAGGUAGGCUAUGGUCUCAUGUCCCUUUAAGACGCUGUCCUACGUCAGAGACAUGACUCCACGCCAUCCAGACUGUAACAAAGAGGGAAAGACAGGUGAGGAAAUGGAGGACGGUUCAAAAGUUUUAGCGUCUGAAGUAGUUAAUGUGGGAGGGGGUGAGCAGCUUGUGGAGUAGUUAUUGCCCAUUUAUCAUAAUCGAGGUGAACUCCUCAAUAUAUCGUGAUAUUGAUUCGUGGCCAUAUCGCCCAGCCCUAGUUAUUGCUGACAAAUUUGUAAAAUUAAUUCUUUGUUUUUUGUGAAAUCAAGUUUGGAGGGAACAUAUCCAUUUGGUUUCAGCAUUCGAACAAAAUUUCCAGCCAACAGAACUUGUGAUAACUUUGUAACUCUUCUACGUUAUCUGAAGAAUAAGUCAUAUAAAAACUAUCAAUAAUGAAAAACAAGUAGGGACAGCCCCAAAGUGUUUUCUGUAAUCAUUCACCAAGUUAAUACAGUGUUGGAGCUUGCCUUGAGUAAACUGAAUUGCGAUAAUAAAAAACAAAUAAAUAAUAAAUAAAUUUAAGUUUCCAAAUUACUUAAAUAUAGUCCACAGAUUUCCGAUUGUAUUUCCUUUGUGAUUAAUAGGUGUAUUUAAAAAAGUUUCCUGCAUGUUCUGAAGAUUAUUAAAGAGAAAAAGGGACAAUGCGGCUGGAAAAACAAACAAUUGAUUUAUUUCAUAAUUGCAGCUUUUUUGUGCUUGUUAUUAACAAUCUUUGCUUUGAGUAUGAAAAGAUUUGUUGAAGCACGGAGGCCUGUGGUGUUUACUGAAUGUAAUUUUAUUUCACUCCAUUUACAAAAUGUUGUAAAAAGCAGCAAAGGCAAACUGAGAAUCUAUUUUACGAACAAUCACAUCAUCACACAGACUGUAACAGAUUAUUCUGACAGUAGAAUAGGAGACAAUACAAUAGCUUCCAACUUUCUAACCACACAUGACUGACAAGAUUUAUGUAAGCCUACCCAUCACAGCAUGACACAAUGCCAUCACACUUCAAAUUAGGGCUGGGCGAUAUGGGAAAAAGUUUAUCACAAUAUAUUUUUUUCAUACUCGUGGAUAUUGAUGUAUAUCACAGUAUGAAAAAAUCACUUGUCAAUCUUGCAUGUUCCCUGUUAUUCUUAAAUGAAAUUUAACAUGUACUUGACAUAAUUUGCAGUGCACAUACUCUGCUUCACGUACAACCUUAAAAAAAACAAAAAACCUCUGCACCACCAAUGUUUUUAUGCCAGUGUUGCCAACGAUGUUGUCAUCACAUGUUACGGUGCUAUGGUUGCAUGUUGCUGCAGUUGUUUGCUACUUGUAACUAAUUCAGCACAUGAUUGGUUCAGCACGGUGCAACUCCCCUUUUCAUUGGCUAGUUAUAUAUUCUACCAAAACAUGGCAGAAUGCCGGUUAUCGAAAAACAUAUUGACCGUGUUUCAUAUUGAUAUCGGGGAAAUUAAUUUUUGAUAUAUAUCAUUAUCGUUUUAUCGCCCAGCCCUACUUCAAACAGAGUAAAAAGUCAUGGCCUUCUUGAAUCCAGCAGUAGUUUUGUUGGUUAUGAAUGAUAUUAUUUGACCCUUUUAAACAUGAGUUGUGUGUCAUAGUUGAACAGCCAUUACACAAAGCUACUAUAGUAAUGUAGCUAACCCUUGAUUUUACAUUAUCACUCUUUGUAUCUCAUCUAAAUGACCUCCUAACCUUGAGUGAGUGACAUUUUUUAUAAUCAAAUUGUCAAACUAUGAAUUGAUGAAAUAAAGUUAAACCUGAAGACUAAAUUGGUCUGGUCUUUAAAGGUCUAUAUGGACUUGACAGCUCACCUUUUGGCAGACUCUUACAUGUUGCUGCUGCUGCUGCUGCUGAUGAUGAUGAUGAUGAUGAUGAUAUGUGUGUGUUUCUCAGGAUUGAACACCUAAGCCUGAACAUGGCGAUGCAGCUGCUGGUGGGAGUCCCUCUAGAGAUGGUCCACGGAGCCCUGAGGAUUGGACUCGUCUAUGUGUGUGGUGUACUGGCAGGUGGGUAGGUGGUCUCACCCACACACAUGCAGCAUUUACAUCUUCCCGAUUCACUGUAUAUUUUACCCUUCAUAUCUACACACUCACUCUAUUUUAGGGACAAACACAUACACAUACCCAGUGCUGUACUGUUGUGUCAUACUUCUUUUUUGUUUUUCAUGCAUUUUAUUUGGCGUGUUGAGGGAAGCUGGUCAAUGAGAAAGUUUAGCAUAUGUCCAGGACAGAUGGUCUUGCCUCUCUGUCUUCCUACUAGAAGUGGCGGGAUGCUGGGGGUUGUCAGCGCCCCUUCAAAGCCCCCUUAUCCCCCUGUGGUCACGUACAAAAGGGCAGGGCAGAGAGAGUCAUCUCAAAUAGAGCUCAAUCAGACAACCACACACACAGUAUAAUGAGAUAGGCAGGGGGGAAUGUACGAAGUGGGGGUGAGAGGAAGGAAGGAUCAAUUCAUAAGUGUUAAUAAGGCUGAGAGUGUUUCAAGAGGGGGGAGCAGGGGUAUUAGAAACCAGGAGUUGGAAAUGUAGAGGGGUGGGUAUGUAGGAGCAAGCGACUACAAAUGGGAAAGAAAAAUCCGACACGCACAGCUUUGAAUGUCACUGCUCUUGUCCUACUUCCUCAUCAACCUCAGGCUCUGGGGCAAUUUCACUGUUGAGUCCUGCUCAGCUGAGACAGGAAGCCUGGAUUAUUUCUCCGAGUGUUUGUAUGUGUUUGCCUUUACCAAAUGAGCACGCAGAUUACACAACCUCUCCCGCUGCCAGGAUUGGUUUGACUUCUCGAAAACAAAACAUUUGAGCGCUGACACUUGAAGACACGAAGACACUGGAGUAGAAUUGUUUUGCUGCUUUUUCAGAUGAAGGUUAGAAAUUUGGGGGAGAUGGAAACUGUGUGUGGCAGGGAGUGUGUUGCAUUUGUGUGUGGGUUGUGCAUCUUUUGCUGAUGGAAGGAAAAGCAGACAGGACUAGGGUAUGAAUUGCAGUUUGCACUAUUUAUUUAGGUACACACGGAAAUUGUGCGUAUAAAAGUGUGUGUGUGGGUGUGUUCAGAGGUCAGAGACACACACACCCUGGGGAUACCAGCUGUGGUGGCCUGUAGCAUUAACCUUCCAGCGACAUGAGAGGGAAAUACGCUAUAAAUCACACACUUAUGUAGACACACACGUAGAAACGCACACACGUCUGCCGUUUUAAUUAGAUAUCGACCAGCAGCUGAAGAGGGGAAGCCUGAUCUGGUUGUGUUGGCUUUGGUGUUUGUGUUUUGUGCCUGACUUGGCUUGUUUGCUAUAAUUAGGCUUUGGAAAGACUGUAGCUCAAGUCUGAAUUCUUGCAGUCGUCAACAUUUAAUCACAAGUGGGUUUAUGUGAAAAGCUGAUAUUUUCAUUAUAGUAUUUUUUUUUCAUGAAGAGAUUAGAGACUUUUUUAUUUGUCAUUGCACAGAAUGAAACACAGCAGUGAUUUCUCUCUGCAACGUAAUGUCAUGAUGGUGUUUAAUUUAAUAUACAGAAAAAAUAAAAACUAAGGGUAAAAUAGCAGCAUGGUGAAUAUAUUGCACUUUCUGGAGGUAAAGUGGUAGUGGAAUAAAAACCAAAUAAAUAAAAAGAUAAAUAAAAAGAUAUAUGUUCUUAUUUACACAUAACAAAUAGUAAAAACAAGGGCUGAGUGAAGUUUUAUGAGUUUUCAUUUUCAUUGCAGUUUUGAAUAGUUUGUAAUUAAUCAACAUAGACAGAUAGUAAAUUGUGACUACAUCCGGUUCAGUUUGGGUUUUUCCAGCAUUUUUUAUUUUGAUGGUAAAGAUUUUUCAGCCUUGAUAAUGAAGUUUCUUUCACCUUUUUUAAAGAUAAAUAAUUACAUGUGAUUUCUCUCAAAUAUUAUGAUCUAUGAUUACUUACCAUGGUACUUCAAGAGAGUCUAAAAUGCUCAGGACUACUUAGAAAAAAGUUUAAUCCUUGCUUUGAGGUUCUGGUAGGAAGUAUAAUGGGUCCUUACUGUUACAGCCAUUUGCUAUAUUUUCUUUGGGUUUGUGUUUGAAACAUAUUUCAGUUGUAAUUGUUCUGGUGCCACACCAGGUGGCGUGAAGUCUUGGGUUUUGUUUGCUAUAAAUAGAAGAAGACGCAAUUAGUGGCAAGUGUGUUGGUUGCUAGAGGAGCAAACAGUUUUUUGACCAUCAUCUACAUCUAUAUCAUUAUCAUUAUCAUCCUGUUUUCGCCGUUUGUUGGCAUUUGCUUUUGUCUGUAUUUUGCAUGAACAAGGAAAACAUGACUUGGACUAACAGUUUCAUUUACAUGUGGGAAACAAGUAGACAUGGAAGAUGCGGCAACUGUAUACCUGGCUAUCGUACACCUCGGUGGCUUUUGGGAUAAUUUUGGCAGGCGAGAUUAAGUCACUACACUUACAAAAAAGCUAUACAUUUAUUUGUAUGUGUGUCUGUGUGGUUGAGGCAUUUUUAACUCAAAAAUUAAAUACUGAUAGGAACAAGUAUUCUGUUAGAGGAUACGUAUACAGGUGUUUUGGCGGUAGGAAAUACAGUUAGUCAAUCUGAAGCUUUGGAUCCAUUUAAAAUUUAGCAUUUUUGCGUCAUUCAUGUUUGAGUUUGUCAAUGAGAAUCCAUAAUAAAAGAAUAUGUAAUAAACUAUGUUCUCAAGAUAGCAUAACCAUUGAUAACAAACCAUUUCUGAUGUGUUAACUCUAACCCAGCCCUUUACUCUCACUUCUCAGUUUCCAUCCAUCAUCUUAUGUCUCAAUGAAGGAUUAAAAGUCAGAAUUAGAAUAAAUACAACAGAGUUCUUGAGCAUUUUUUUUUUUUUGCAAAAAAUACAAAGAUGUUAAAUCUGCACCAGUAAGACACUGUUAGAUUGUGUCGAACACAAAAAGCAGAGUCAGACAGAGAGGGGCUCAGCUGGCACACACAAGGGUCAAAGCAGAGGUCAGAGGUCAAGUAAUGACUCAGAGAAAGGUUGAUGAUCCUCAGGGGUCAAAACACACACACACACACACACACACACACACUCCAGCACUUGAACACAAUUGACUCGAAUGUAAACACAAUAGUGCCCGUCUGUGGACAGCUGACGUUUAAAAGGGGGUCUAACUGCACAGAGAGGACAGGGGGGCAGGUGCAGCAACAGACAGGAACAAGUGUACAACAACAAUAAACUCAGAUGCGACGACAAUUAAACAAUAAAGAAAACUAAACACAGUUUUUGACCCACAUUAAACUCUAACGUUAAUCCAGUUCAUCUGAAGAUGCAGACUAACUCUUGACUUUCUUCAUCUGCAGUGCUGAUGAGUUGUAUCGUCCCCCUCAUGUCCUUACUUCCUUCUCUGCAGUUUAAAAGAGGGCCAAAGAUAAAUGUGAUGCCACUCGCAACCCUAAAAAAACUACAAGCCUCCUGUGGGACUGUGAGAGGUGGUGUCCUUGUGUUUCCGUGUGUUUAUAUGUGUUUACAUAUGUGUGUGUUUCCAAACUAAAAUAAUGUUAUUGAAUCAAGUUAAGUACAGGGAUGGGGGUCAUCCUGCCUAGACAGUAUUCCUUAAACCUCAUAGACAGGGGUGUCCUGGUCCAGGUGUACCAGAGUGUGACUGUGUGAGCAUGUGUGUGUCUGUGUGUGUGUGUGUGUUAGAGGAGAAAGGAAGUUCAAAAAGGUGCAGCAAAGAAGUGGAAGUCUUUUUAUUUUGAUUAUAUAUUGUUACGAUAUCUAUUUUAAAUAUAUCAAAGCUUCUUUUGUUAUAUUUUUAGUUAUUUGCAAUACAGGCCUUUAAACGUGUGUGUGUGUGUGUGUGUGUGUGUGUGUGUGUGUGUGUGUGUGUGUGUGUGUGUGUGUGUGUGUGUUUGCUACCACCUGGUUAAGUUUAAUGAUCUGUAAAGUUGGAUGCUGUUAUCACAACACCCCACUCUGCUGUGUGUUCAUGUUUGACAGUGAAGAAGGCCAAACAUCAGGUAACAAAGAAACUCGUAUUUAUUGCCAACUGCUGCCUCUGGCUUUCUAAAAGUCCUUUCAAUUAACUUAGAGUCACAAAUUCAGUCUUUAGAUACAAAAACUGAUAAAAAAAAAAAAGUACAUAGAUUUUUUUUAGUUCAGUGAAAAGAAAAUUGGAGUAGGAUUUGUUGUGAUUUGAAUGACAAUUACAAUCAAAUACAAACAUCCAUUUAUUGCAAAUUUCUUAUAUUUCUUUAUAUUUAUCGGCACUUGUUCCCUCAGGGUCAUCAGGUACAUAUACAGCUCUUCUCUUCCUCAGUUUCCAUAUUUUUUCUCUACAGUGAAUCCACAGUAAUAUCAGUUAAUGUGUAAUAUAAACGCAAAUACCGGCAGAGAGGGGCUGCUGUAGGACGCAGGCAUCAGGGAAGUUGUGUUUAUCCUAACCUACAUAUUUUUGGUUUUUGUUUGUGCAUCAGUAUCUGGUCUCACAUGUGUGCUUACAUAUUUGUUAUGCUUGUAUCAGUGGACCGGCCUAUUUUUUUUUUCCACCCCAUGCUGUGCUUACUCCCUUUAACAGCACAGUGUGCUGAAGAUGCCAUGACCUAUCCUAUUAUCCCUCUUGAAUGGCUGCAGUGUCGCACCAUCUGUGGUCGUGUGUGAGUAUAAAUGUAAAUGUAGCUCUGUAGAGUUAAGCCAAAUGUCAAGUAAGCAUUAUACAAAACACACAAAAUUAACCAAAAAAGUUACACAGUCUGAUAAACCAGUCACUUGAUUUAACUGUAUUUUGAGCACGCAUGCUUAAACGUCUGCAUAGGGUUUAAUCCCAAUAAGUUGAUUUAUUUUGUUUGUGCUGUUUUUUUAUUUACUGUGCAGUAGAAACUCCUUGUCCUGGCACCAGAAAUACUGUAGUGAGUUAAAAUUUUUAUACUCCACCAACUACACCCACUCUCACUUGACUGUGGAAGUUUGUCUUGGCCCUACUGAAAAGCAUAUGUACGAUGGAACCUAAAUCACUUUUUUUAAUGCUCAGUUAUAAUUUAGUAAACAGUUUCAGAAUAUCUUUACCUCCUUUUGCUGCAUUUUGCUCUUGUUCAAACACCGCAUGGACGAAACAUUUUCUAUAGUGCCCUCACAUUUAGAUGCUCUGAUUGAAAUAUGUAGAGAGGCUUUGUUGGAUCUUUUAUUGCCAGCAGUGAAUGAGAACCAAAGUGCAAAGGAAAGCAAGUCUCUAUUUGCAGCUACGUAGAUUGGCGUUUUAUGAACAAAAAAAAACCAGAAAUGCAUACACACAGAGAAUAAUUGAGAGCAAGCCUCUUUUCAUGAAAGCCUUUUGAUAAUACUCUCACAUUAAACAACAAGUAGAGAAGCUGCAUUUAUUUCUAUACAGCCCCUGUGUUCACAGAAAACUGUUCAAAUUAACCAGUGUGUCACAGUAUCUGUGACACCGUUUUCUUUCUGCUCUUUAGCAAAAGUUCAAACUUUAUAAUUUGGCUGCAAAAAAGUUUUCAUCUCCAGAGUAGCUUCUUUAGAGGUUUUAACCUCUUCCCAUAAUCAUCAUUAAGAAAUUAACUUUUGUAGUUAACACUGAUAAAGACAUUCUCAGUGCAUUAUAGGGGAGUACAAAGAUCUGGAUUUAUCAUGCAUCACUUUAGCAGCUGAUUGUGUCGAUGAACUCGGAGAGGGUUUCACCAAACUUCUGUUUUUAUUGUCUUUUUUUGUUUUUUAUGUUGUUGUUUGUCUUAUCUUUAUAAAGCAUGCAGCUGUUUUUCAAGAUUUUAUAAAUUUACUGUACAUUUCUUCUGUGCAUCUACUUCUUCAUUAGCAGACUGCUGAUGAAGAAGCUGCUGCACAGCUGGUUAGUGUAGAGGGAGGAUAAGUUGUAAAUGGUCAGGUAUUCCCUCAAGAUUUCAUGACAAGCAAUUAGAGCUGGCGGAUGAAGCAUAGUAAAUGACAUCUCACUUACUAAAACACACAUUUCACUCACCGAUAAAACAACAAAGAUCCACAGGUUUAACACAGUAAGUGGAGACUUAAUGAACAGGCCAACGACUCUUGUGAUUGUGGAAUAGCUCGACUCAGUUACCUCAUUAUUGAUAUGAAGGAGAGGAGGAAGAUGGUAUCUUAAACUGCAACAUUUUUUAAAGCUCAGUCAAGGAGAAUUGACACGUCCAACAGCAAAGUGAUUCUCUGCACACAGUUAUCUCAGCGCUGAACAUCCUCCUCUCAUGCUUGCUUUUUUAACCUGGACUCUGUGAUACCUGCAAAAGUUACCUUGGGACAGAAAGUGCAUCCAUUUUAUUUUUGUCAACAGCGCUCUCUCUCUCUCUCUCUCUCUCUCUCUCUCUCUCUAUGGUGUCGCGGGCACCUCUCUGACUUUGGCUGGAACAGGAGAAACCAUUUGCAAUAGUUUAGUUUUAAGGGGGCUUUGUUGUCUGUUCUGCAGCCAGCCAGUAGAGGGAGCUCCAGAUUUUUUUAAAAUUUGGCAUGUGGUGUAUCUUUGAGUCACGUCAACUUAAAGUAUCAUAUGUUAGUUUUGUAAGGACAGUAUUUGGGCUUUUUCUUUUCCAUUGUUAUAACUCUGGGUCAGAGAUAUUAAUUGUGUGUGUGUUUUAUUUGACGUUCGUUCUGCCUCCCUGCCUGGUGUAGUGCUGUUUUCUUUUACUGUGGGCUCCCCUCUUCCACUCCUCUGCAGGUGUCAUGUGUUGUCGAGUUGUAUGUUGUUGUGUGUAGUCCUGUGAUGCCCAUCAGAGCAACUAUUUCAUUAACAGUGUCAUAUUUCUAGUUUUUCCAAAACAAUCCUGGUAGUUUUCUAACAAUCUGCAUCAGUUUUCUCCUGUUUUAUGUUAAGAUGUAAGACAUGUCCUCGGGUUAGGGUCACUUUAAAGUCACACUCCCCCUAGGUUGAGCGUUACACCAUAACAUUGUUUCUUAUCUAAAAUGUGUCAUUUAUACUCUGUUACCUUAACUGUCCUAAUAAUGUUAUGUGCACAUGCUGGGCUUUUUGCACAUUUCCCACAUCAUUUAAAUUAGUGCUGAUCACUAUAUGUAUAUAUCAUAUACAUGUUUUGUACUUCUACAAACUAAACAAAACAUAAAAAAAACUGUGCAGGUUUGAGUAGGAUCACUUAAGACUGGAUGCAAUUGUGUAUUUCUAUCUGAGGUAAAUGUUAAUUUUCAAUGACCAAAUCUCCAAUGAUUGAUCCUCUUACUGGGAAACUCUUUGUUUUCUCUGACAUGCAAACAAUUCAGAAAUCUUUCUCUUUAUAUACUCACGCUUGUUUCUUCAUCCUCACACAGGGUCACUGGCCGUGUCUGUCACUGAUAUGACGGCCCCAGUGGUCGGGUCAUCUGGCGGAGUGUAUGCUCUAGUUUCUGCACAUUUGGCUAAUGUCGUAAUGGUGAGUAUUGUGUGUUCAGUGUGUGUAUGCGUGUGUGUGAGUGUGCAUAGAUGGUUAUCAUAUUGGUCUGUCGUCACAUCACUACAGAGCGUUGCCUCAUCAUCAAAGCAGCCUGUUUAGGGGCCCAGCAGGUGCAGGUUAUCUACACAUGCCAUACAUUCCUCACAUCUCCAUCAGUUUCUCCUUUUCCCAAAGAUCACAACGUGUGUGAGCACAUCUGAAAUACCACCUUGUGCACUCUGACAAAUGUGUCUGCUCUGUUCAAUCUCCUGGCCUGUGGGUCAUCAGACAGAACAAGCACUCAGGUGGACUAUUCAGUCUAAUGCAAGGUCUACUGCAACAUUGGUAGGGUCAGGUGGAAGAGUGUCCUCCUCCUCCUCCUCCUUCUCUCGGCUGAAAUCUUAUUAUCUAACACAGCAAGAACAGAUUUGGGGUCAGAGUAUCUCUGGGGAUUUUAAAAUUGACAUAAAUUGAGACAGAGGGUAAGAUCUCAUGUUAUUUUUUUUGUCUGCAAGGAGAACCUGACCUUCCAACACAGCUUCUUCUGUCUUCAUUACAGGAACUUGAAAAUGUUUUUAUAAAUUCUCGAUCUUUUCUCCCUUUCUCUUUCUGUAGAAUUGGUCGGGAAUGAAGUGUCAGUUCAAGUUAUUUCGGAUGGCCAUGGCUCUGGUUUGCAGUGAGUCUGAAUAAAGAUCGCACAUUCUUACGCCUGUGUUUAUUAUUAUUGACAGAAAACUUGUACUUUAAGCCAACUUUAGGUUGCAUGUUCAUCCAUCAACAAAUUACUCUUGCGGCUGAGACUCCUUUUGGGAGAAAAGUGAUUUUACCCAAAACAUAACAACAAUGGUAUUUUGGCCGUACAGUUUUAGUGUAUGAUUAAAAGUCAUGCAAUGAUGUGUCAGCAGAAAGUUGAGUAAAUACAGUAGGUAUCCAUAAAAGAGAAAUUUGUGGUUUCUCAGAUGCCAUUUUUACAUAGAAGAAGAAAUAAAGCGAGUACACGUCUUCCAUCUUUGAUAUCUGGAAUUUUUUCUUCGAGCUCCUGCAGUUUGGCAUAGACAGAAGACAAAGAAUAAGACACUGUAGAGGGAAUGCUGUGCCACUUGUCCAUUUUCAAUGGGUCUCCACUCUAAUAAAGUUUUUAAAACAGGGUCAAAAUGUCUGCUAGUAAACUUAUACGUUUUGGUUCAUUUCAAAACACCCAUAUUGUUCAGUUAGGAAUUUCAGCUGUUUAAAGAAAAGCAAGUUUAAGAACAAAGAAGCUUAUAUCAGCAGAAAAGUCCUCUCCCAUGCAUGGAUUGGAAAGUUACUGAGUUUCUGUGAAAGAUGACUUCAAAGUUUAACUCUGUUUCCGUUGGAUUAGAGCAAAUGAUCAUGAUUUUUCAAGUCUUUCCAGUCCAAUACUCAGUCUCAACUCGGGGUUAGAAUCACUUUCAAUACAACAUACAAUACAUACAAUAUGAUUCAAUCCAGUCCAUUACAACAACCAUACAAUCUAUUAAAGAUGACUGACACUCUCUGUAGACUGGGGUUCAUUUUCUACAUUUCCUCCUCCUCUCAGUAAAAAAACUUUAACAGAAUUUUGUCCUUAUUCCAUUUUAAAAGGUUAUGAAAGUGGCUUGCACAUCUUUUAGCUCCUUGUACCGCUGUCUGACAUCCCUCUGUCUUCUUCUAUUGUUAUCCUUAUGCAAACUUCUUCUUUAGUUAAUUAACUCCCGUCCGUGUUCCCCUUAAUCAUGUCAUUGGCGCCACCAUGAGGAGUCAUCAAGUAGUGCUGCAGUGAGUCAAUUUGGCAGGGAAAACUAUUCAGAGUGCUUUAUUUUUUCAUUGAGCUCAAUAAUAUUCUGCUCCUGUGUAUCACAUGAGUCAGGAGGGUGAUAUAUUCUCUUGGUUAGCAGUCAAGUACUUCAUUUUUUUUACAUGACAUACAUUUUGUUGUCAAGUACUUCAUGCAUACGUACAUCUUUAAUUUUUUGUGUUAUUUUCUCUCUCUGUUUGCAGUGAGUGUGGAGUUUGGACGAGCAGUGUGGCUGCGAUUCUACCCACCGGCCUUUCCUCCAUGCCCUAACCCGAGCUUUGUAGCUCACCUUGGAGGGGUGGUUGUCGGUCUGACUCUUGGUGUGGUGGUUCUUCAGAACUAUGAGCAACGACUCCAGGAACGGUCCCUGUUCUGGAUCUUUUUCUGCGUCUACACCUUGUUCGUGCUCUGUGCUGUCUUCUGGAACAUAUUUGCCUAUAGCUUACUUGACGUACGGCUGCCUCCGCCACCGUGACUCUGUUUUAUUCCUCGGUCCUUGGUCGGACAAUGACCCUUCACCGUGGGGAAUUAGAGCAGUCUAACUGGCUCUAGAUGUGCAGCAGCCUCUGUGGUUCUGCGGUUGGUCUCAUCCUAACUUUCUCAGCCCACGAGCUAACCUCUGCCUGCUCUUUGCCUGUAUCGCUGUUGGAUGUUUGUCUCACGAGUAUCAGCCAGCUGGACAUUUGUUGUCAUCACUGCUUUGUCAAAUGAAAGCCCCUCGCUCUACUCGACAUGGUUUAACCUCCUGCCUCUUUCUCCUCAAUCCAACGGUGCCUUCAUGUGGAGAUAUCAGCUUGAUGAAAGUAUUUCUGCACAGUUGCCUCUUUCUCUGACUGACAGCAGUGAAACCCUGCAGUAUCAACCAUUUUAAGCCACAGAAGUUCCUGAAAAUCCUGUAUUCUACCUGCAUCUCCGUAAUCAGCGAAUGAAAUUUCGGGUCACGGCUUACUAAGUGUUUUUUGUCAUCAUUACAAGCAGCUCAUAAGCAUAAGAAGGCGGAUUAAAAAGACAGAAGGCUAGUUAAACCUCUCUAGGGUCCACAGCACACAGUAGCGACAAUGGAGUAUAAGCUACAGCAGCCGAAAAAGGCAAUUAAGAAGUUACCUUUGAGGGAAAGCGUGGGUUACGUAUUCAGUGUUGCCUUCAGGGUUUUGCACUUCCCUAGAGAAGGAUUAAUCUGAACGAUAAACUUGUGUCUUUAUCUUUUUUGUCUUUAGUGCAAGGAGUGAGGUAAUUGUACAGAAAAGAAGCAGAAGUGCCAUUCAGUCUUUAAGCUUUGAAAAUGAUGCCAAAACACCAGGGAAAGUGCACAUCCCUUGAAAAGAACUGCGGUUGUGUAAGAAAAAAGCAAUCUACUUUUCACUGUAAGGAAUGGUUUGAAUUUGACAAAAGUUGUGCAUGAUCUCUAAAGAACUUUUUACUGAUGGCCUUGAGUGAGCCAGUAAAUACAGAGAAACUCUUGUCAUUUUGUGACCACUUUGGGCCUUUUGGGCAAUUUUUACUAUGGUUGAAAAUCUCGAUGAGUGUCGGUUUAUUUAUUGGUUGAUAAGGCGAUGUAUUAACGAGGGUGGGAUUAAACUAAUGAAACGUAAAGUAUGUGAGCAUCUGUGCAUUUUGAAUAAGUAUUUUUCUCAUUACCAAAAGCAGAAGAGCACACACAUGACUGACCUCAACUACAUCCGGGCUGGGGUCAUUUAAUUCUCAUGUCAGUCAGCAACAGAGCAGAGAAGUAAAUCAAUGCUCUCUUGUUAGCUUUGAUUACGAAUCGAUUGAACCUGAAUACAGAAGAACGACCCCAGCCCGAAGCUGUGAGUCUCUAACUGUACCGUACUUUAACCUCAUGUUACACCGGUAACUGCUUCGCACAAACAUUACUGUAAAGUAGUUAUAUAAAGAUUAAUAUUUUGACAUGCAUUUGCUGGGUUUUUGGCUCAGUGAUACCAGUAUGUUGUGUGAAUUGAUUUGUCUGUCUGCUUUGUGAUUUGUAAGCUUAAUUCUGUAUGUAUUGUAUUUAUAAACUGCUAAAAGAUGGUCUGGGAUUGUAUAUAAAAAGGGCUAUGUCACAAAACAGAAUGAGGGGUAAAUGGCUGAUUAUAUUUUAACAUUGUGCAUAUUUUGUAGAUUUGAUAUGUAAAUACUGGAGUACAGUAAAUACUUUAUACAGAAAACAAAAA